GGCAGACUAACAGUAUGGCGGCGGGGUGCAGCUGGAAGGAUGCUACCGUCGCCCGUGAUGUGUCUAUCGCCGGCAGGACGUAAAUGGAGUAUUGACGACAAAAACAGAAGAGGAUUUAACGAGAAAGGCUUGUCGCCGUGAGCUAACCGAGAUGGCCAGGCUCGCCGACUACUUUUUAGUGGUCACUUACGACCUCGACAAGCGAGGUAGGUGCUGGAGUUAGCCCGCGAUGCUAACUAACGGCGUAUUAUGAGCUGGAGGCGGGGAGGGAGGCGGGGACGGGCCGGUGUUCCGGAGAGUUCUGCUGCUUUGGUGAAAAAAUGCAACCGUCGCUUAUAUAGACGGUAAAGACUAUCAAAUCGCUCUGUUUCCUACUUUUGAGGCAACACACGAAGCCUGUUAAGUGUUGAAAUAGGUUCAACAUCUUGUGUUAAUGUAGUUUAAUAUUUUCACUCAGAUUUGCUGUCUCGAUGGACUCAUAACCGUUAUUGCGCCGAAUUAGUAGAAAUCUCUAACUGCUCACUUCACAAUAUAAAGAUCAUAUUUUGAUACUCACUUAUAAAAUCCCCGGACAGGUUUAACUCUAUUUAUUCAUUUGAUAAUUCUCUUUCUGCUGACAAGCCCCCAUGAAUUUUGCUACCGCGCCUGCGCAGAGCGCGUCAGCGGCAUUUCUGGAUAGGAAGCAGUAUUCGUCAGAACACCGGGCCUUCAGCCCCAGCGCACCCGAGCUAGGCGCUGUCAACUGGGAAUAAGCUGUCAACUGUGGGCUGGGGAUGCGCAGGCCUCGCGGGAUUAGGGUGCUUAAAUGCUGUCAUGUCAGUUGGUGUCCCGCGUUACUGACGGUGUUAAAAAAUGAACAUUUAACUAAUUUUCAAUGCCUGACCUACAGCCAGGUUUUAGCGUUAGCAUAACAAAUUGUGUCACUGUGUUUACAACAAACUUGGGCUAAGUUUAUCCGCUGAGGGCUAACGUUAGCCGGGCUAACACUAAGGGGGGCUGGCUGCUUGGUCGGCUGUGACCUAAGACGGAUUUAUUCAGGCGUUUCACAAUUUCAGCCACAUCUUCCUCACUUACCUCCCACAAACUUAAGAAUUUAAUGUGGUUUAUGAAAGAGGGGGUUCUCAGUGGAGGGGUGUCAUUGUGGGUGUUGUGGCUGCAGGGUCCACACCAGUUAACCUGGGACAGUGUGAUCUGACCACGGGGCUGAUUUCUGCUUCUAAUCUGGAUGGUUAAACUGAAAUCGAUGCUGUUGUCUCUGAUUGUUCUUUGUCUAUGUUUUGUGUGGAUUAACCCAGAUCUCUCCGCCCCUCCCUGAGCCCCCUCGGACCGGAGCUCUGUUCCCCCUUGUGUUGCUGGGACGGGGUUUGGACCGUUAUCUGGGCGCCCCCUCCCUCCCCUUGGCCUGAGCCUUGGCCUAGAUCCGUGCAGUAUAAUGGCCCGUUUAAUCAUGAAAUAUUCAACCGGCAUAUCCAAUAGAGGCAUGCAGCUUGUAACGUGGUGGUGUUUUAUUCAGAGUGGAUUUUUACCCAUGAUUUAUUCAGAGGAGGCAAAUUGUAACAUCACGCGUCCUCUGGAGCUAAAAGCAAAGAAGCAGCUUCUUAACUCAGUGACUUGUAUCACUAUAGUUUUUGAUCGCCCUCAUUGCAUCUUGUGUUUUCUUCUUUCAGAGUAAAAAGGGGUGGUGAAUACAGGAUGUUAUAACGUGGACACUGCAAACGCUGCAGAAACACUCCUUCCUGCCUGCAUGCAACGCAGGGCAGAGCGAGCCUGUAAAAAGCAUCUGGGAACCAGACAUUAAAGCCACAAUGGCUUUAAUGGAUCAAGGCUCCCAUGCUUGUAAAACCAAACACUUAAGGGUGAUGAUGAUUGUUGGCGUUGCCCCUCUACUGUUGCCUCACUGUUUACUGUAGCUUCACUGAAGUUUCUAGGUGGAGGCACACAUCUCCAGUAGAUGCAAUAUUUUACAUCAUCUUUAUCAUCAUUACUGUUGUUAGCAACUUCCUAAAUAAAUCCUCAGCAGUUGGUUUGCAACCUUCUCCAGAAAGAUUUGAUGCAAAAAAAGCAGCAACAGUAAGCUUGAUUUUGAAAGUUUCUUAGUGGAGCAAUGUUCAAACCACCAACCCCAAACACAUGGGCACGCUCUGCCUCACUUAAGCCUGCGUAUGUGUGGACUUUGCCAGUGGGAGCGUUUCAGCGUGUGCGCGCUGGUGUGGGUGCACAGCUCUGCAAGUUCACUGCAAAAGCUCCUUUUAGUGGUGUGGUCUUUCCUCCGGUGUGUCAUGCUUCUUUUUUUUAAAGUUUCUUGCUCAUCAGGCAGUAGAUAGAAUCAUGUCAUAGUUGAAGCUCGUGAGGUGUGAUUGGUUGCACAAGAAUAUGUUCAAAGAAAUGUCACCCGGUUCUGUGGGAAAACAGAAAAGUAAAGUAAACAGAGUUGGUAAAUGUUGAACUGUGUGUACUGAAGUUACAAGAAUACAGAAAAUAUAUAUUCACACAGUAUGAGUUUUAACGUCAUGUUGAAACCUACAGGUUUUAGCAGCUACCGAAGUUACAGUUUUGCAUCAAACUCUUCUCUGGAAACCGCAGAUGUUGCAGCAUGUUGUCCUAUUACCAGGGAGGCGACACCAGAUAUUUUAUGCUCAGGACUCGACAUUGUGAUCGUUUCACUAGCAUAUGUGACUAGAAAUAGAUGUGUGUGAAUUGUAAAAUGUUUUUUCAUGUAAAUACGGCGGUGAAGUUAGUUUCAGGUUGGAUAUUCGACGGACAUUCACUGCAGAUCUACCGGUGUCUUCUCACUCCAUAACCAGGAAUAACAACAGCAGUGCGGUUAAAUCGACUCGACACCCUCACUGUCAACGUCGGUGUUGAAUAAGGGACCGUCAAUAAAUUACCGGUUGAUGUUCUCAGAAAAGGCUGUUUUCCAUCAAUAGCUUCCAUGUCAUGUGACCAAAAGACCUAAAAUUGAUUUCAAAUAAUAGCACUAAGGUCGAACAAUCAGACAAACAUCAUUUGAUCAAUUUUCAUUUUGCCCUUAAAGUUCUUUGUGUGCUCCUUGUGAAAAGGAGUUAGUGUCAAACCCUGUUCACACAGUAUGAGUUUUAACGUCAUGUUGAAACCUACACGUUUUAUCUGUUAGCUACAGUCUUGCAUCAAACUCUUCUCUGGAAAGCUGCUGAGAGGACCAACCGCAGAUGUUGCAGCAUGUUGUCCUAUUACCUGGAAGGCGACGCCAGAUAUUUUAUUACCGUCUGCAGCCUGGCCGAUCUGUAAUACUGCUCUAAUUCUGAUAUAUAUGGAUGCUUCUUUGAGAAGCCUGCUUACUAGUUAAUCAACAGUGUUUCCUACAGUAUCUGAUAAGAUGUGGGGUGGAGUACAGACUCCAAAGCCUCAGAUCACUAAAGUUUUGCGCAUGAAAAAUGUCUGCUAUAUUUAAAUGUUUCCAGUUGUGGUGCUUUCCCCUUUUUAAAGACUGUAAAGAAAACACCCACAACCAAGAAUGAACAGCGCUCCUCGAUCAUAAGAAUACCAGGAAUUCUGCUGCACAGUAGAGUUUCCUCUUGUGUCUAAAUAUUUCAUGCAUCCUGUGUGUGUUUGUGUGUGUGUGUGCAUGGGAGUGUGAGCGAGUGGUUGCUGUUUGUCACUCAGUCAGAGGAAUGUUUUGCAAGCGUGGGCACUGACAGGUUUUCAGGGCUGACAUCAUCGCGGCUCAUCUGCCGUCACCGACAGAAACCUGGUGGGUGUUUACAAACAGGACGUCCUGCAGGCAGAGCAGACUCCAUGUUUUCAGGGUUUUUUUUUUCCCUGGUUCAUUUUUAAAGUCCUGUCAACCUGAGGGCAUUCACCGCCUCAGUGUGUCUCUCAGGUGUAAGGUUGCUCACUUUGUGCUCAAUCUAGAUGCAAAAUCUUGAAAUCAGCGGCUCGACUUCAGAGCCAAGAUGGCUGCUCGUGGCUCAGGAAGAAUCCAUAGUGGCCCACUGGGUGUGGUCUGCCUCUCGAGGGUCUCUUGAGAAACUAUACAGCAUGUCACACCGUGUUUUGACAGUGGUUCCUCCGCCUCGUCGGUGAGGACCGAGUAGCUAAAUGGAUCCGCAGUCCGAGGCCCAAACAGGAAGUUGGGAAGAGGACCCGAGGGAGACUUAUGUUUAGAGCGAGAAUCCAGAUUGUCUGAAAACCAAAAGAAGGGGCGUGUGCGCGAAUGUGUGAGGCGGUCUCAUUCAAGACGGAGCAGAGACACACAUACACACACACACAGAGAUGCUGCUAGCAUACAGGCUCUAUUGUGGCUCCAUCUGUGUGCCUCUGGCGGUGCAGUUUGAGGCCGCUGGUUGGUCAUUGCUGCAACAGCCUGAAACAAAAUGCAGGAUUGUUUUUUUUCAGGCCGGAGUGACAACCGCACACACCCCUGCAGCCUGCAGUGAAGCUCGAGCCAUUCACAACAUCAGAGGCCAGCGAGGGCACAAAGAGGCGCACACAGGGCGGGCAGACCGGCGAGCAUGUGGGCUGUUUUGUCUACAAAUUUCAGUGUUUGCUCUUCACUGUCUCACAUUGUUUUCAUGAUUUUACAACAGUGACUCUGCAAACAGUCUGUAAAAUUUACCGGGAGUGAAAAAACAAUCAGGUGAUGUGCUGUUCAUAAGAAAACCAGAAUCGUAGCUGCUGAGUUUUGAGCUUGUAUCAGUUCCCUUCUCGAAACUGGAUGUGUUAAUUUGUCACUUACAGCGUGUGAUGUGUGAGGCUCUGACUGUGUGAAUCUGUCAGCCGAGGACAGAUUUUACCACGUUUUUCUGAUGUUUCAUUCAUUCUCUAAGAUGUCAAAAAAUCUGUAAAACUCUCAUCAGAUUAUUCCAGACUCUGUUAUGACAUCCUGGAUCAGCACUUUUAACAGAGCAGUGUCUUUGGAAACCAAACACUGACAUACCCGACCCUCCGCAGGCCUCAUGUUGAUCAUAAAUCACACGUGUUUUAAUAGUAUCUCAGAUAAAAGAGCUGCACAGCUUUUGUUUGUUUCCAUUAUAAAUGAUUACAGCUGAUUAAUAAUAAAGAAACACAGUCUAAUAUUAGCAGACAAAAGUAAACACUUCACUGGACUCGCAUGUCUUUCUACCGAUGUUGUAAUCGAGUGCAGAGGAGCAGUUUAAACCUGGAUGAAGUGGCGUGUUUGGACAGGGAUCACGUCACCUGUAGUUGCAAACCUGGAGUAGUGCCUCCUCUAUCAGUGCCCACUGGGUUUCUGUCAAUGCCGGAGGUUUUACUUUGCAUGUUAAGUUUUAGAUGCUGUAUGGGACCAGUGGAUGCUGCAGUUUGAAGUUGCAGAUCCCUAGUUUGUGCAUACUUGAUUUUGCACUUUUAAGUCCUUCCAGCUGGACAUGAAUCUGCUCGGCAAAAGCAAAUCAUCCAGAUUUUACAGGGUCCUGAUGUGCACCAGAAAUGAUCUUUCUAACCUCCAUCAAUUAGAAAAAAACUCAGAGGUUUCUUUCUUUUCUCGAGGGCAGACUUGAUCAUUUUUUGCAUGUCGCCUUUUUACAAAUAUGCAUCAGGAUGAAACUCUUGCAGACCUGAGACUUGUUAAUUUCUAGUCAAUCAGAGUAAAAUAGUCUUUUUCAGGUCCGUACAGCGGAGGUACCCCAGAGUGGAGCCUGUUUGGGUCAAUUUCAGCAGAAACAGAUUAAAAGGCAGGAUUCGGAGGAUGUAAUGAACUAUAAAUUAUCUGUGGAGAGGGUUAUUUCACGUCAGGUUAGAUCUGAACUCAGAGCCGCUUCUUAAGUCUUGGCUGGAAGUGAUUUGUAACGUACUGCUGCCUCCACCUGAGUCCAUUAUUCACUCCUGGAGGUUAUGUCAUGUUUGGUUGGUGCACACCUGCGUAGCUGCUAUCUUAGUGAUGGUAUGAUGGAAGCAGAUGUUCAUCUGUUCGAGUGCCAACCCUGAAAAGUUCAAGUCAGACCAAGCGUUUCCUGGAUGGCGCUCUGCAGCCUUGUUCAACCUGCAGGUCUCUAAGCUGCUCUAAUGUGGGGAAUAUUCAGUUGAAAGGUUUCAUAUAAUCAGAUUCAGACUGUUUCUGCUGCUGCGGAGCUCGCAGGUGCGUCGACUUCGGUUCAUAUGUGUCUGCGUGAAGCUCAGAGGGGAAACAGAAACCUCAGAUUGAGAGCAACAUGAAGCGAGCGGAGGAGAGAGGAGUGUGUGUGCGACGCUGCCAGCAGUGCCUGCCUGUGGCCAGCCACUUCCUCCAUCGCUCCAUCGCCGGCCUGCAGCCUUUCAGCCCUCCAGAAAUAGCCGUCACAAUCUGCCUUUCAUAGGGGGACAGAGUGACGCUGGGUCAUGGCUGCGGCGCACUGAUGCUUGUGUGUCUGUGUGUUGGCGUGGAGCUGCUCUCUCUCUCUCCGCUGCUGCUCGGCCAUUCAGAUCUCAGCCUGAAUGUUUGUGGCUGUCUCUGUGUGUUUGCUGCGUUUCCAUGGCGAUGUUUACCCCCCUGCAGGCUGCAUGGGUAUGGUGAGCAAAGCUUGACCCAUUCAUGGCCAGCCAAGAUGCUAAUACUUUUGGGAUGAAGGCAGCAGAUAUUUUUCUACUCGGAGGAUUUUUUUCAUACAGAUUCAACUUUUUCAGCAGUUUAACGCCAAAACUAUCCACGAAUAUGAAGUGUCAGCAGCUCGUAAAAAACAGGUAGACAUCUGGUUUAGUAAAGAAAGAUGAGGGUGAUGUUUUUACACUCAUGUAAUUAAAGUCCUGGUUGACGAUCUGAGAAGCAGUUGAAAAAAACUGAGCCAUUGAGGCAGAUUUGAAAAAGCGUCCCACCCCCCCACACACAAACCUCUCCCCUCUGUGCUCCACGAUAACUCCCCCCUAAACCUGUAUCCCCCUCCCCACGACACACCCCCUCUGGCAGAGCAAGAAGAUCCUACGCUAGCUUCAAACAGGAUUCAUCAUAUCGGAUUGUUAGUGACGAGCGGUGGUAAAUGCCAGCUCUGCUAGGUUAUUCCUUAUGGCUGUGAAACGUUGAUAAAAGGCGAUAAAAUGACCUGAUGACCUGUUCAACAAAAAAAAAAACUUCCUCGGCGUCUGUUUUCUCCACCGCUCCAAGGAUGACCUGAUGUUUAUUCCACUUAGAUUCCUCUCUUGGUCACAUUUCCUCUUUGACUCCGCCUUUUCUUCUGUUGGCUUGUGUUUUCUUCCCACUUUUAGCGGUGGGGCGAGCAGAGGUAUUUUUUAGCUAAGCUGUUACGCUACUUUCAGCUGCUCAGAGCUCCGAGGAGGGCCGGGAGAGUGGGAGGGGACGAGUCGGAACAACGGGAGAGGGGUGUUUCGAAUACAGCGAGGCGAUUGGAUGGAGAGGCAGAGCAGGAGAUUGACCAAUAGGAGCUGUCUGGGACGGAUGGCUCCCAUUGGUCAAUGUUUUUGCAGCCUUGCAGCUGAUAGGGUGAACAGAUUUUUUCCAUUCUUUUUUCUCUUCGCUUUGUGGAGACCGCACUAUAGGACCAUGAUCGCCAUAGAAACGAGGUUCAUAAUAAUUACCAAUCUCUCCAAUCAUCAACCAUGACUUUAAAAGAAGAGGAAACAUUUGCAGCAGUUGGAGACUGCAGACGUGUUGAAACCUCCUUUAGAUUACUGUUGUGAUGGAGUAAUAGUCCGGGCACAGUUGUGUGUGUGUGUGUGUGUGAGUGUGUGUGUGUGUGUGUGUGUGGCUGCAUUACAACAGUCUGUCUGCUGUGCUGAAUGUUGUUAUUCAUGAGGAAGAUGAUGGCCCCAGGGCCCCAACCCUGCCCUCAUUCCCUCAUUCCUAUCGCACAGAUACAGAGAAGUGUGUGUGCGUGUGUGAGUGUACGUCUGUGUGUGAGUGUGUGUGCUGGGGGUAGGGAUGCUGAAAGGACCUGCAGACCUCUCCUGUCAGCAGACACUUCUCCUCCUGUGAUAAACUUUAUACUCGUCGGUUUGUCGAGUGCAUGUUGUUGGUUGUUUCAUGGGUGUGAUCCGGCGCCCUCAGGAGGGGCCACAAAGGGCCUGCUCUUUGCCCCAGAUUAAGAUUUGGAUUCAGAUUAGGCCGGCAACUUAGUUAGGAAACAUUUUAUGUCGUCAUCUCCUGUAGUUGAAUUUUUUGGUUGUCUCACACACAGAAAUGACGGAUCAGAGUGACAGUGAGCUGUAAACUUUAACAGUCUCUUAAAAGAAGCAUGUGAGGAGAUGUUGACAGCAGCAGCGACUUCACCGAUGAACCUGUCUGCCGUGUUUGCAGACACGAUUUAUUCAUUUCAGUCAGCUGAUAAAGUCCAGAUGUUGGUCGAUGUGGAUAACUUCAAAAUGCCAUUAAUUAAUCAGGACCAAUUACAGGGACAGACUGUUUAAUUAGUCAAUCUCCAAUCAAAAUGGUCAAAAACACAGAAAAAUGCAAAAGGUAAUAGACAAAUUUAUCACAGUAUAUGUUACAUAAUAACUGAAGUUUGCUCCAUGUAAAUGCAGUCUGCUUUUGUGUACUAAUAAUAGAAAUUUCAGUCAUAAAGUUGCACAUGAUUUGGGUCUGUAAUUCUAGUUUUUGGGUGCUCUGACAGCCGUUCUCUCAGUACACCUCCCUGUGUGCGCUGCAGGUGUUGAUAAAAAAGUAAAUGGUUCCUGUCCUCUUUUUGGUCUAUUUGUACAGUAUUAGCGUCGUAUAUAAUGACAUUUUACAGCCGUGUGUGUUCACACAGUGCUACACUUGAAUUUUAGAUAACUGCUGCUCGAUAUUUUCCUCUCUGUCUGCUGUUUAUUUAUAUUUCAUAUUCUGGUAUUGAGUACAGUUAGAAAAGAAGCUGCAGCCUCUGUGUGGACGAGAGCAUUCAAACCAAACACUGGUAAAAACAAAGAAAAGUAUGAUUUUCAGAUGAGGUUAUUUUGGUUUUAGCUUUUUUUUUUCCAUCUCACAAAUUCACGGUUAUUCAAAUAUUAGAAAAUUGUUUCUAGUCCACUUUAAAACAGUUGCAUGGUUGUUUGUCAGGUGUUGUUUAGCUAGGCCUCUGUUUCUACUAACUCUUUUUUGCAGACGUGUACGUGUCGAUUUUGAAUUUUGAGAUUGAAAAUGUGAUUUUUCAGUGAGUCAAUGAAGGACUAGAUAAAUAUUUUGGUAGUAGAUGUUUAGAGAGUGUGUGUGUGUGUGUGUAUGUCUGCCUGUGUGUGUGUGUGUGUUAGGGAUGCCCUGCUCCUUGGCGCUUUGAUGGUUUCCCUGGAAUUCGGAGAAUGUCUCCGUCCCCUCUCAGGACAAAGGCUGAGUCAGUGCUGCUCACAGUCAGCCUCUCGGCGCCCAAGGGAGCAAUCGUUCAGGUCCCUGCGGGGCGAUUCCAGCGUGUCCAGACCACUUUUGAUUUGGAGAUAGGGGGGUUGUUGGGAUUAGAGGGGCUGGCUGUGUGGGGCCGCUCGGAUGCUGCGGUGAAAAUACAUCAUUGCACACUAGUGUUGGGCAGUAUGAACAAAGUCUGAGUAAUUUCAUGUCAUGGUAUGUUUUUCCCCCUGUAAACUCAACUAAUGGCUUAAAAAUAACCAAACUGUCUCAUUUGUUUAUUUUUCUUUUAUUUUUAAACUUGAAUUUUUGAAUAAAAGGUCAUACCAGUCUGGCGAUCGUUUUAUCAUAUAUCAUACCUUUGGCGAAAGACUCUGCCGAGCUCUUCUGUAUGAGACGAGCUGCUGCAGUUUUAGUUUUUUGGUGCAGCAGGUGCGUCACGCAUCUUUUGUCUCUCAUAAUAGAGCUUGGCGUGUUUCAUCUUGAGGUGGUGGAAGAGGUUUCUGGUGUUUCCACCUCCAGCAAAGACAGACACACGACACUCUUUGCAUAGUUUUGUUUUUUUGAUCAUUGUCGGAUUUUCUAAAUCUGAAGAAUCUCCAGACAACCGAUGUGGCGACUUGCGCCCUUUUUCGGAACGAGUUCCUCCUCCUCUUCCUCAUGUGAAGCUGUUUCCAAGCUGUCUGCUUUUUCCCGAUACAAUCCUAUACCGAUACCUGGGCUGAGCUUAUCGGCCGAUAUCUGAUACCGAUCCAAUCCUACUGUCGAAUGAAUGAAGUGUAUUCCUAGCCCUGCGAGUGAAAGCAUCAGACUUGACAUUAGCCUUGUUAAAAAAAAAGUUUAUAUACUUUAUAUUAUUUACUAAGAAAUAACAGAUUGCACAUUAACACACAGCAAAAAGAAAUAAGACUUCCAUGUUUUAAAAGAAAAAAAAGACUGGAUCGGCAUCAUUCAUCCGAUAUCCAGUCCAGUUAAUUUGUCAAUAUCGGAGCUGAUACCCGAUCCAAAUAUCGGAUCGGUGCAUCCAGAGGGAAUAUACGGAAACGCACCCAAACGGAUGCACUCUGGCUCUCCUGUUAUUGAGCGCAGACAACUACACACUGACUCAGAGAGACGCAGCAGACAUCUGCUCUCUCUCUCUCUCUCUGGUAUAGAUGGUAAAGCAAAAUUUAUACUGGUAGACACUUUUAUACCGUCACACGGUUUAUACCGCCCAACACUAUUGCACACACACAUUGAUUUAAACAGAUGAGUUGAAUACAAUCCAACUUCAAGUCCUACAGGCGAGGAGUCAGAAAGUAUUGAUCAGCCUUUGCUCUUGUUUACUGCUCAUGCUCAUAUUACAAUAAUGAUGAAAUCUCAGUUAUUGAUACAAACCUGACCUGCUCAUUGGCUGAGAACACGUUCCUGAUCAGGGUUUUAUGACCUCUUCAUAAACAGAGUCAGAGUCUGGGUGGGGUUGUCAUCCAUCUGCAGCUCUCUGUUAUAUACCGCUGUUAUAUCUCCUCUGCAGAAUGAAGCUGAAUGAACACACGGGUGACACUGAUGGUGAUAGAAGAUGACUGGUGGUGGAAGAUUAAGUCUCGUCUUUAUUAAGACGGUUUCCAGGUCAAAUCUGUCCUUCAGAAAAAAAAGGAAAUCUGCCGCCCAGACUCACACUGUGCUCUCUCUAAUCUAGCCUGUGAUUGGUUUAAAUGUGCAGAUUAAAGGUCUGUUAUUGGUCCGGACCUGGUUUGAUGUCUUUAUCACUGUAGUGUGUUUAUGGCAGGUCUUUGCUCCCCUCCCCCAGAGACGGACGUCUGUGUUGUUUAAAGAUUAUUGUUGAAGCUUUAGGGCUUUACAUCACACUGUCUGUUGAACCUGUACAUUUAACUCCUAUUUAUAGACCAAAAAAAAACAACUUUCACUGAAAAUGACAGUAAUUCAGUGCCUCAUGAGUUUAUGCUGCAUCAUGCAAACUGUACAACUGCGUCUAUUUUGGAGUUUUCCUUUGAAUACAGCCGAGGUCUGAACUGGAUGCUCUCAUAAUUAAAGGCUGCAGCGGCACAAGGUUAAUUAUACACAGGGAGGGAUUAAAUACACAUGUUGUUUGACUCUUUAGCAGCACUGUAACGGAUUAAGUCUCACUUAUUACGUCUUGUGCAGUGAAACAGCGAAUGGGAAACUCUUAUUACAGCAUGUAGCAGAUAAAUAUUCAGUGUUUGUCAGGUGUGAGGGAGUUAAAUGCUGCUGAUGGUGUAAAAGUUUUCAGACUGUUUAAAAACAGAUGAUUGAUGAGAUGUUUCACUUAAAUGUGAGCAAACAGUCUUACUAAUGAAGAUCUGCGGGUAAAUUAUACAGUAGAAGUGAAAAGGAACGCUAUUGUUGUCACAAUAUGACGAGCAACCGCAGGUGAUGCAUGUUAUUGUGUAACUGGGGUUCAUUUUAGGGGGUCUGUCAAACCCGCAGUACAGUCUGUUAGCCAAAACAACGUCUCAGAGGUACAGUGUGUAGAAAUAGGAGUGUUAUAUGAUGCUGAGGGGUCAGGUUGUGGAUUGAAACUACACUCAUUUAUACACCUGAUGCUUCAUUUAUACCUGAUUGCAGCAGAGUUUUUCCGUUGCACCUGAUAUUUCUCAGCCGCAGCAUGAAAACGCAGUCAAACUCAUUUGCAUGGAUUAUUCCAGAUCUCUGUGUAUUCAUGGUCCUGAUAUUUUUUUGCAGAAACUUGAGUAAUUCAAACCCAAGCAUGUCGUUUAUGAAAGUUUCAAGAUAUAUUUCACUGUUCCCUCUCCUGAAAAUGCUGCUGAGGAUUAGGGAUGUAACGAUAUGAAAAUGUAACAUCACGAUUAUUGUGACCAAAAUUAUCACGGUAUUGUUGAAAUACUACUACUUGAGAUUAAAAUGUAAAAAUGUCUGCAGAUUUACUUUGUCUGGUUUGAGUCGUGAUCUUUGAAUAUCCUCUCAGAUGACACAUUGGUUCCUGACAACCCUCACAACCCUUUGUAGAAGCCGAAAUACGCCCAGACUCUGCAACACGGUCGGCAGAACUGCCCUCCGCCAUGUUUAUAAGUUACAUGCGUGCGGUGCGUCUGUGUCCGGAGCAGUCUGUGAGCUUUUCCACAGACACAGUUUUAACAGUUAUUAAAAUUUGUAAUGGUAGUACUAACCGUCAGACAUUUUACCGCAGUUUAUCAUUUUAGCGGUAAUCAUAACAUACUGAGGACAAAGUGCUUCAAAAACAACGAUGCAGAAAGCUGCUGGAGUUAAGACUAAAAUGCAUGUUAUUGAAAUAUUUCUAUAAAGAAAUCGGCCUGCUCUUCUUCACCUGUAAAAUGGGACCCUCAUUGUAAAUAUGUGUUGUAUAAAAAGCUGUGUCCUGAGUGUGUGCGGUCAGCUGUCUGGUCUGACACCAGUUAUAUGGAAAUAAUUGAUCUCGUUGCAGAUGUUCGCGUUUGCUUUUGUAGGCCGCCACCACAACGUUGGAUUCAUAGGAAGUUGUAAAUUUUGUGCAGAGUUACUCCUGUUUCAGCGCCACGUGUCUGUGCUUCCUUUAACUCUUCUUGGUGUCAGAAAAUAAAGAGAAGAAUAAGACGAAACUUUGACAUUAAAUUUCAAAUUCAGCCCUCAGUGAACCGCCUGUUUCCGCUGUUUCACAGUCACUCUGUCUGAUGACUGUUUGGUUAUUAGACGUCGGUUUUUUCGCCAUCGGUUGCCUGAGUGAUGAGAUGUAAUUUCCGGUCGGUGUGAGAGGAUAAUUUAUGUUACUCAAGGAGAAGAAGUGAAAGGGUUAAUUUACAACCAAAUAGAAUCUGGCACUUCCAUACAGUCGAAGUGAUAUGUGAGAAGAGAAGAGUGUCUGCGGAUGUAAUGUGUUACUGAGUGAAGACAAAGAUAAGUUGUGAUUGUGCGUUUGCCCACAGCUCUCAUGUUUCCUGCCGCGGUGAUGUGGGGGGUUAGAAGCACACGGAAAUGUUUGUGUGCGUCUUGUUCUGGAGGAGCUGCUUACAUUGAGCGCGUACGUUAUAUCCUGUUUCAUUGUGUUUGAAUCGCGAAGGUUGAUAAAGCCCGCCAUGUGAUCCAUCCUCCUCCUGAUCUCACUCUUUGUCUUAAAGCAGUUUGUUACCGACAGCUCGGCGUCCUCCACUUAACGCUCCGAGACUGAACUUGAUCUGUGACGGGGUCGCGUCAGCAUGCAGGCCUUCUUCAUCGUGUGGCGCACACUCACCGAUGAGUCCUGUCACUCUUCUUCUGAAAUCUGAUGAUACAGGAAGACACGCAGGUCUUAAAAUAAGCUAACCACACACUAGAAGAGCAUACUCUCUCAGAUUCUGACUUCCUGUCACAUAUAGAUAAUGUACUCACAGAACCUCCAGCAAGUAAUGAGAGUACGCAGGCGAACAGCUAUUGUUAGGGCUGGGCGAUACGGCCUAGAUGGCUCCUGGACAUGUAGCUCACCUUUGUGGUCAGUAAGAAAGUCAGCUGUUUGAAAGUCGGACUCUUAACGGAGCUGAAAUCUUGUUGAUUAAAUAUUUGAUCAAACUUAUUUACAGCUGCUAAAGUUUUUCUGAACUAUAUGUCUUGUUGUUGAGCUUGUCUUGUCUUGUUGUCUCCACAUGUGCAUUUGCUCAGAUGAAGCAAAGUAAAACACCUGCAACAAGGUCGAUCGCUCGUGCCUGAGGCUGCAUGUGGAUAAACUCACCAGAUGGACACUGUGUUUUUCACAGGAUGCUGCUUCAUCAGUGAUAGAUCCCCACCAUGUCUCUCCGUCAUACGCAGGGCUCGACAGUGCGACUAAAAAUAGAUGUGUGCGAAUUGUAAAAUGUAUUUAGGGUCACAUGUGAGCAUAAAAAAAAACAGUUGAGGUAACAAAUGUUUUUUCCUGUAAAUACGGCGGUGAAGUUAGUUUUAGGUUGGAUAUUUGACAGACAUUCACUGAGGAUCUACCGGUGUCUUCUCACUCUCCAUAACCAGGAAUAACAACAGCAGCGUGGUUAAAUCUACUCGACACCCUCAAUGUCAACAGUAAGUGUUGAAUAAGGGACCGUCAAUAAAUUACCGGUAAAUUUUCUUGAAAAAGGCUGUUUUCCUUCAAUAGCUUCCAUGUCAUGUGACCAAAAGACCUAAAGUUGAUUUAAAGUAAUAGUACUAAGGUUGGACAAUAACCCCUAAUUUCCACCGCAUCUGGAACGGCUACGAAAAAAGGUUGAAAGUUAACGUGUCAAUUUCAACCGACUUCUUUCCGUUCCACUCCGGAUCGCCAGACUAUGCAGCUGAUCGCAAGAGUUCUAUUUUUUCCAGACGCCAGAGCAUGGCGGAUAAAUUCAGCACAGAUUAACCCGUGCUGGAAAGGAAGUCGGGCACAGACACAAAAUAAAACACUCUGGUUUUUUUUGGGCGGAUUGUUUCGAACAAGGGAAAGGGUGUUAGACGUCAUUUCACCCUGAUGACACCAUGGAUGAGGAGAUGCUGAUUCUAGAAGUCUGGAAGUAGAUUUCCUCCUCUGUCAGGACACAAUCUACUGCUUAUAUGUCUAUGUGUCUGUCUUUAUGGAGACAACUCGUUAUCUCGCGAUUGAACAUGAAUCUGCGGGUUCUUGUCAGUUCUUGCGAUUCCUGCUAACUAAUAUCAGCCACGAAAUUCACUUCAAAAUCGCUGAAAAUCGCUGCUGUUCUGGAUGUGGUGGAAAUUAGGGGUUAGAACGACCCGUUUCUUUCCCUAAUUUGUCCUCUAAAAAUUAGUUGUGUUAAAUUUGACGGCAAAUUUUUUAACAUUUUCUUCAGUAGCUUCCAUGUCAUAUGACCAAAAGACCUAAAAUUGAUCUCAAAUAAUAGUACUAAGGUCGGACAAUAGCACGUGUUCUCCUUGUGAAAAACUUUGUGUCAAGCCCUGAUACAGCAGGGCUGUCUGGGCUGUAGAGGUCUUCCUCAUCUCGUAGUGAAACACAUUUCUCUCUCUGGUCAUGCUUCUACCAGCUGCAACAGCCUUUGCACAAAAUUUGCAUAUGGUGCAAAACAGAUGAGUCAAAACUAUGAGUCUUUAUUUGGAACAAGCAGUCAGACAUGUUGUUGUCAUGCAUGUCUCUGUAGGAAGUAACCGAGCAAGGAUGUGAGGUUUAGAGAGAACAUCUAGAUGUCCAUUUCAUGACGUCAGUGUCUUUUGUUUGGAGAGGAAGUGAGUCUUUACGUACUCCUGUCAGACAGACUGAACAGAGUCCUUUCAGCGUUGGCAGAAGCAUACGUACGUAUGUGCAGACAUCACCUGAAACUGCAGAAGCAUGAAGUGAGAAGAGAUCAGUCUCCUGUUAUUAAUCAUCAGAGUAUGACGUUUUCAUUUGAGUUACAAAUGAAGUCAGACUUUUGAAUCUGAGAUCGUUUUUGUCCCUGUAGCUGCUGUGUGGCUCCCUCGGGCAGUUUCCUCUCCUGGAAAGCCUUUCUAAUUUGUUUUGGGGGCUCUGCUGCAGGAGAGAGGGGGGCAUUAGUUUAGCAGGAAGGAUGUGAGUUUGCUGAAGAGCUUUUGCACAAAGAAAAUGUCCCACAUUGUCUCCAGGACGACGGCGGCUGCCAGAUGGAGCAGGUUUUUUCUCGUUUUUUUCACCCUUUAUUUGGCUCCUAAACGGCAGCUUCGCCGAGGCGUUCGGUUCGAACACAGCGGUUCAUUUGUUUAUGCAGGAUUAUAAUUUUUCACCGUCAUCGGACACCAAAUUCAGACAGCUCUAAAUGUCAAGUGUUACUUAUUGAUGAGCUGAACGCCUCUGUGGGGCCUCUCACACAAUGAGAGGCCUCGGUCUGCUGCUUUCAAUCAGAGAGUGACUCACUCUUCUUCAUAUUACUCAACAGGGCUGUCCUGCAGGAGAGUGGAUCAGACCCAGUGUGCCAGAGCCGUCUUAUCUUAAUACAUGUGUGUGUGUGUUUGUGUGUAAUAAAAACCUGGGUGGACAGUGGGAGAUCUCUGUCAGAGGGUGUGGUGGAAAGCCUGAACAUAAUGAUGUCAGAGUUUUGACCGUUUGCACCCGAACACCAGUGAUGAAGUUUUAGGAGAUUUUAUCCUGAUUCAGUCCAGAUUUUGUUGUUAUGAAAAGUCAUGCAGCAUCUACAUGUCCGCUCAGACUUCACCAGCAGAGUAAUGUAAGUUUUUUUUUCUCUUUUUAGAAAGUUUUUAAUGUGGAUUUUAUUACUAAAUAAUAAAACCAUGAUAGUCUAGAGCUGAGAGUGAUGCUGGGUGCAUCAUAAGUGGAAUAUAGUUAAGUGAGGGGAUGAUGUGGAUGUUUUACAGGUAAUAGAGUAGGAGAUUUGUUCGAAGUAAAGGGUAUCAUGAAGAAGGAACAGCACCACUCCAUCCUCCAGCACCAUGCUGCUCCAUCUGGACUCAGACUUGUGGCUCAUAAGUUUGUUUGACCCUAAGCUCUCUGCUGAGCUCUGUCAGGGUUACCAAGACAAAAAAGUGUGCAUGUGCCACAGAUGGUUUUUGUCGAGUCUUGCUGCAGGUGCGGCUCCUGUGACCUGUCCCUGAUGACUCGUCAUUACAGUGCACUUGCGUUUUUUCCCACUCAGUUUUUUCCUGCUGUUUAUUUAAUAUUUGAGUAUUAGUUUUCACAUUCGAAUCUCUUUUUUUUUUAUCUAUAUAUAUUUGAAUAUAUAUCUGAAUUUAGAAUAUUCGUGGACAGCCCUGUUGAAUAUGAAGUAGAGCAGGGUUUGUUUACAUAUAGCCGUAAAGACUGAGGCUCAAACAAGAAAACGGGAAAUUCUACAACAAGAGAAUGAAAAGUUUCCUGCAUACUUGUUCUUACUGACAGAGUGAAGACUGUAUGCUCACAUGGUCAGGUGUUACUGGAGAGUGCAGCAGAGUCACUCAGUCCUGACGAAGUUUAUAACACCGCCAUGAGACGUCUGGUUCUUAAUCUCCAGCUGAUUGAAAAUUGAUCCAAGAGUAUGUUCUUCAUUUUCAGUUUCAGAUUAUUUGAAAAACAGCAUUUGUAUGAGAAAGUGUCGCAUUAAGCUUUCAGCCGACGCCUCCCUCAACCUCUGAACUUUUGCCAUCUCUCUUGCACUUCUUAAAAUUGUCGAGUGGGUGUUUACUGAGACAGACUUUUAAAACCGCGAAGAUCGCAGAGCUCGACUUUAACCCCGAGCAGGAAAACUUUGUGUCUUCAUGCAGAAGUUCACUUGACUGUUAAUAAUCGUACUUUAUUUUGUCCAUAGUGGUAGACCUACACACACACACACACACACACACACGUUCUGUUCAUAUACACACACACACACACACACACAAAGACACAUGGAAACAAACAGCGCUCAAAGCUCUUUUGUCCUGACUGCUGCUGUUGCUCUGGCAACGACCUGAUGUCGUGUCACUGUGGUUAGAAAGCCUGCAAAAGAGAAGCUGCGGCCUGGUUCAGCACCGCGAGUAUGACACACACACACACACACACACACACACACACACACACACACACACACGGCUACAGACUAAUUUCAGCUCUGACUGCUGUCAUUCAGUGAUCACAUGACCGGCCGGUCUGCUUCCACUCUGUGUCACAGAGCAUCACAGCGAGUAGUCAUCUGUGUGAGGAGUCAUUGCUGUGACACACACACACACACACACACACACGUUAAACAUGUGACCCACAUUUCCUCCCUGCUCCUGUCUUUCAUCCUUCACAGACCUGCCUCUAAAACAGCGUUUUUAGCACGUUUAUGUUAAUGGAGGAGCAGCCGACUUACUUUGUUUUUGCUGCUCUGAUCGGUGAAGCUGUUAGUCUGCAGAAAGUUACAUCUUCAAAAUGAGUGUUUUAAGUGGGGGGCUGCAAAAACAAUCACACUGGUACUGCUGCGAUAUCAUCAGCAUUUUGAAAAAGUCUAAAUCUGAUACAGUCAAGAUAUCAGUUUGAUUCAAGGUCACUGUAUUGUACCUGGGUUUGUAUGGGGGGACGGACCGGUCAGGGUGUCGAGCCUAAAGUACCACAGAUCAGCUGGUGUCAUAUAAAGCAUUAAGCAUCAUUUCCAAUUAUGAUUGCAAUAGUCAACAGUGUACCCAUUAGGGCUGGGCGAUAUGGCCUCAAAUCAAUGUCACGAUGUAUUGAUCAGUUCACCUGACAUUUUAAAGGGACAGUAUUUAGGCUGAGAAAUGAGCAGAAAACUCCGUCUGUAAGUGAGCAGAAAUCAAACCAAUAAACUGGUUUAGAUAAUCGUUCGGAGGAUUUCAAUCCUGCGUCUUCUUUACAUUUUCCUGUAAACUUUUCAAUCACCCACAGAAGAACUGAAUAACCCUGCAGGCAGAGCUGCACUUCUUUAAAGCCUGUAAUCAACCCCCAGACUAAUGAGAAAUCGCCCGGCUGAACCGGUGUGCAUGAAUCAGAAUGACUUUAGAGAAAGAGGGAAGCCAGAUUGGUCUUUUGUUGGCUGAAUAGAGAGUCCAGCAGCGGUUGAAAAGCCUGUUCACAGUCUGCACAUUCAGGGAGUCUCUUUGGUUGCUCAGCACUGUAGGACGUGAAUGCACCGAUUGAGACUCGCAGAUUGUGUUUCUCACAGAGUAAAAACAUGCAGCUGCGGAUACAAGGGGUGCAAAAUGUCACAUAAACACAGUCUGGUUGUACGGUGGAGCAGAAUUACCAGUUAAGCACACAGAUUUUUAUUUUGUUGUCCGAGGGAGAGCUGCAGAUGGAGUUUCAGGUCAUGUCCAGAGUUUGAGAUUUGAGGAUAUAGUGUGCCGCUGGAGGAAAUUGUCUGAAGAAGUCGGAGGCUGCAUGAGAAUCAGGAUCAGAAACAUGGACGGUGUUGUUUCACAGGAUGCGAUGACGAAUCCAGAAUCUGCUGCUGCUGUUACACAACAGGUGACGCUUACGGGUUGAUUUCACAUCCCUGUGAGAUCACAGACGCCACACGUUUCGCAUUCCUCGUGAAACAUUCGCCUGACAUAAUAACCAGCAGCUCUGUUGUGCAGUCACGCCUGUAUACUCCUCACUUCUUGCUUUAAGAGCAGCGUUUCUCACUGAACCGUUUCACCUGCAGCUCUCACACACACACACACACACCCAGGAUGAACUUGCGCCAGAUCCUUUCACGCAUUUAUUUACCUCAGGCUGCGUUACAGAAGUUAACGAGGAAAUUACUCUUGAUUAGUUUAGAUAGAAAGAGGAGGAUGAAUUCUUUCUGCAUGUCAAAAUCAGGUCAUUGUUAAACAGCAGCGGGGUCACAUGAUCCCGGUGAAAUGAAGUGUUAAACGUUGAUUUUGUGUGACCUCUUUAAUUCCUACUUGUGAGAGAAGGAUGUCCUCAAUUAAAGAUGAGAUUCGCGUUUUGUUGAAUAAAACAUGGACGGAAAUGUCUUGGAUUCCAGAUGCCGACCUGCAGCUGGUUGGAACAAAAAAAAUCAAGGUCAUGAAGUUUGAUUUGAUCUGAUUCAUCUGGUGCAUCUCUGCAGAGAGUGUGGGGGGUUUCUUCACACACAGCCUGCAGCCGGAGUCACUGAACUGGAUGUGACGGGAAAGCUGUUGGUGCGGCACGAAGAAGGCGGGGUGAAAUUUGGGUCGCUGUUGUCGUGGUAACUCAUAGCCUAUCUUAAUUUGCUUUAUUUCCAUGAUAGUUGAGGACAAUGAUAGUCACUAAUUUGACGGGAUGUAACAAACCAUUCACUGCAUCGCUGUAUGGAUUUAAAUUCCCAUGAUCCACCUGUAUUGAUCAGCAAAAGGCCUCAUUACACUCCUGUAUAUUGAUUCAUAAAGCAAAUUAUUGAUUUCAUCGAUGUUGAGAAACCAUGUCGUUGAAACCGCCCGACAUAUUUUGGUUCUGUGGAGGAGGAAAUGUUAACGGUGUGUUUUGCUGGGCGAUACGUGAAAAAGUUUAUCAGGAUAUAUUUUUUUCAUAACAGUCGAUAUCGAUAUGUAUCAUGAUAUGAAAAAAAUCACUUGUCAAUCUUAAAUGUUCCCUGUUACACUUACAUUAAAUCAUGUACUCGACAUAAUUUGUAGUACACAUUACUCUGCUUCAUGUCCAACCUUAAAAAACUGAAAUACCUCCACACCACCGACAUUUUUGUAUAAGUGUUGUCGAAGAUGUCAGCCCGUCGGCCCGACAGUCAACUCUACAUGAAGCGUUCGGUCGACAAAGCAAGUACAGUCAGAACAGCGCAAAACGGUGUUCGCUCACAGAAAGUGUUGUUCGCUAUAUUGCCAAAGAAAUGCUGCCUUUAAUAUUGUUGAAAAAAAACAGCAUUUUUGUUUAUUGUUUGUUUUAUUUAUUUGGGAUAUUUAAAAGUCCUGGUUCUGGACGUCCCACUGAGAAAUGAAGGUUUAAUUGUUGCAUUUGAGAGGGUUUACUUGCAUUAUUAUGAUGUUUUAACAUUACAUAAGUGGUUAUUUUGGUCUGGAUAAUGCUGACGAUAACAUCGAUUAUCGUCAAUAAUUUGUGGGACAAUAUAUCGUCCAGCAAAAUUUGUUUUGGCCAAAGUUGCGUGUAGCUGCAGCUGGCUACUACGCAGUUGUUUGCUACUUGGUUCAGCGCGAAGCGGACCCGGAGCAACUCCCCUUUUUAUUGGCUGUUUGUGUAGUCUACCAAAACAUGUCAGAAUGCCAGCUGUAGAAAAGUGUAUUGACCAUGUCUGAUAUCGAUAAUUUUUAAUAAAUAUCAUUAUCGUUUUAUCGCCCAGCCCUAAAGGUGUGUCCCAGGUUGACUGUUUGGUCCUGUGGUGUUGUUCCGGGUGUUCUCCGUCGCUCCUACAGCUCUUGAGUUUUCUAAAACAGAACAAAACUUGUUUAUUUCCAGUUGGUAAGUGCAUAUAAUCAGGCGGUACACGCUCUGCCAACAAACAGCGGAUCAAUCCAGUGACACGCAACAGUGUUUCUGCAGAGGCUGGAAAAAAUGAGAUUUAAUAGCGGGUUGUUUGAUCCAAGUAUCCUGAAAAGCCAAAAUCACAUUCCAGCUGAAGUAAUGAAUCUCAUAAAAACAGGACGAUCUGCACUUUUUCAGCUUCUUCUGAGAGGAACAACUUUCCACGUCGGUUUGGAUUUUAUCACCGACAGGAGGUGAUAUCAUUAAAAGAUCCAGAGACCAAAACCAAGACUGGAUGGUCCUGAUCGUCACCGGUUUAAAAACAGAUUAAAACUCUUCUUUUUUUAUUAUUUUGGCCGUUAUUGAACCUCUUCUGGUCACCAUCUCUGUUUCUUCAUACCUGACUCUCAUUUACAUACAGUAGGAUGUGAAAUGAUGUCGAUGUGCAGUGACAGUUUCAGUCUCUCACACUCACUUCCAGCAGGAACUCUGAGGCGCCUGUUUGCUGCAGAUUAGUUUCACUUCACAAUCAGUAUUUAGGAUCAGCUGUGUGAACUUUGAGCUUUUAAUCAGGACGGACUUUGAAAACCAGCAGUUUUUAUGAAUGAUGUCAUGCUGCUUGUUAUUGAGAUCGCCUCUUAACGUAAAACAUCGAUUUCGUUUUCGCUCUCGAUGUGAGAGUCCAACUCGUCCUCUUGGAGAGACAGUUUCCACCGGAGGACGCAGCUGUCUUUAACCAAACUUAAUAAGACAGAUGUGAGGUUUUCGCUCCUGUCCUCGUCUGACUGACAGACUCUCGGCGCCGUCUCUGACCUCUGCUUUACUCCCAGGAGAACAUGUUACAGCCGCAUGGUUUACUUUCACUUUGUGGUUACAGGUUAUUUAUCUCCAAAAGGCCAUAAAAAUGACAGGUUGUAAGCACAGGGUUUUACUCCAGGUUAAUAUGUCACUGGAAGGCCCUCAGUCUUUCAUAACAACAAUUUUAUCUGAUUAUAAGCAGUUUUUUAUUUGUUUUCUAUCAUAUUUUUGUCUCUUUGUCUCCGUGACAACAAAAGGAAAAGCUGUUAGAGGUUUUAAUGGAAGAGAUCGGCUGAUGAAUCACAAAGAAAUGGUGAUAUUUGUCAUUUUGCAGCUCAUGAUAAACUCUCGCUUGUUUGCCAGAAGAAGCGAAAGUCGUAGCUGCUUUCUCUUGGCUGGUUGGACCGUCCUUGGCGUUACCGCUGCGUAUUGUUGGUGACUUAUUUAGAGCCCAGAGGAAAAGACAACAGGCAGGACUCCAGCUGCAGUUAAUCUGUGAGAAUUUACUGAACCACUGUUGAGCAACUCGGCUUUCUCUGAGAGACGCAUUGUGACUUUAAUUACAGGAAGAACAAAGAGACGCAUAUUUGUCUUUUUCUCUCGUUUCCUUUUGUUUACGUCGACUGAUUUAAAAGUCGUGCGUCGUUGUUUCCAGCGGACGACAGUCACCCUCCCGUCUCAACCUUGUCAUUUCUCUUAGUAAUAGCUGCUUCGUGAAGCCGAUUGAAGGUCUGAAAGUCGUGUUUACAUUCCGUGGAUUCCUUUUGUGGACUUGGACAGGUUGUCGACGUCAUUAAAUUAGGGUUAAAGUGAGUCUCUGGUGAUGAGGAGACUCUUGUGUACCUCUGCAGGAACCAGCCCAGUCCAGGGUGAGACCUGGCUUUAGACUCAUUCAUGGACCCCUCCCUCUGCUGCAGGAUGUCCUGCUUUGACUGGCUGAAUAAUCCCCACCCUGCCUCACCAUUGGCUGUGAGUGUUUUUUUAAUGUAUGUGUGUGUGUGUGUUUAGGUGUUCCUGACACACCUGCAGCUCGUCCUCCACUCCCUACACGCUGCUACGAAAAAGGCAGAACCAGGCGACAUGUGAGCGGCUGUUUCUAAUGAACCUCUCUCUCAGGGAGGAGGAGGAGGAGGAGGGGAGGUGACAUCAAGUCCCAGCAUGCAUUAGCUCUGGCAUACAGCACCAGAUGAUUCACCCCAGUAAAACAGGGGAUAGGGUUAGUCAUAAGACUUCAAAUGUCAAAACAGAGGCUGCAUUUAAACUGGAGACAAGGACGGCUAUAGUACGAUCUGUUUUGGUUUUAUGUUGAUGUGAAUCAGAUAUGUUUCUCUCUCUCUGAACCACAUGGCAUUGAACGGUUCUGAUCUAUAUUUUAGAUCUACAUUUGCAGCUCUUCCCUGGCUUUGUCCCUGGCUCUACACACCUAUCUACCCUUCAAGCCGGUAGCGCAGAUACGUCAUUUUAUAGCAUUCUGUAGUUGUGAGUCGUGGCGAAUCAAAUCAUCACACCCGUCUGCCUCUGAUAGUCAAUUAAACUUAAUAAAGCGAUCGGAUUCAUGCUCGGAUCUUGCAACGUGCUUCGUGAGGAAAGUAAACAAUGACGGAGGCAGAGAGCAGCUUCAGCUUCAUUCAGAGACUUAAACAGCUUCUUCAUAUUGAGAGCUUUGACUCACAUUAUCAGCGUUUUCUGUAGUUUUUAGUGCUGCUUUUGUAGCUGUAUACUCUUCACUUUAUUUUAUAUUUACAUUUGUAAAGAUGGACACUUUAUCAUGACUUCCACUUGUUUUACAGAAAGUAAACAGUUUGUUAUUCUCCAGUGCAGAGUCUUUACUUUUAUUUAUACAGCCGCUUUAUUUCAUUUGAUUUGUUUGUUCAAGAUUUUCAAUAAUGUGAUGAAGGUUCGAAAAAUUAAAAGAUAGUUAUCUUGAAAGCCACACGUGUAAGCUCUCAAAUACUUUCUGAAUUUUGUUUCUAUGUGAUCGGCGUCAUUCAUCAGAUUUCUGAUCCAGUUCAUUUGUCAAUAUCGGAGCCGAUAUCAAUCCAAAUAUCUGAUCGGUGCAUCUCUAAUCCAGAGUUAGUUUUUAGAGAAUCUGUGACAUGUUUAUAUUUUACAGUCAUGUGACACGCAGGUUCAAGGUGCUUACUCACGACCAUCUCCAGGUUUAUUACCUUUCACCUGCAGUGUCGUCAGGUAGUGUUGGAGCCCGGAGUGUGAACUAGUGUUGUGUGUAUGUGUGUGUCUGAGCUCCUGCUGUGUGAUUACAAGCCAAAUAUCAUAUACAACCACACACAGCGACACCAGUAUUACAUUAUUUCAGGGUGCAGUGUAAAACAUAACGGCCCAGUGUCAGUGGGAUUUAAUGCAGUGUGUAAAAGUUUGUCGUCUCUGCAUGAACAGCAGUCAGUCCUCGGAUUUUAUCUCGACUUUAUCACAGCGACAUCAGACUUUUCUGCGGUUUUGUCACAGUAAAUGAGAAAGAAGUGACAGCAGAUAUGUUUCAGGUCAUAUGACUGAGACGACACGUCCUGAAAUGUGACAUUUGUGCAUGUGUGCAUCACAGUCACAGUUGCCAAAGGAAAUAUUUUUCAGCCCUAGCUCUGUUUCCUCUCAUCCUCUCCUCCAGGGCAGACGAAUAUAUAUCCAUGUGGUGAUACGCCAAGUUUGCUGAAAUAUCAGUAUUGAGGUUCAUAUCAUAGUUGAAGUAUACUGACCUUAGUGUUUUUGUCUCGUAACGUCAAACAUCUUUGUUUUUAUGUCAGCUCAAAAUCGGGAUCACAGUCUCAGAAAUCUGAAAUCUGAUACUCAGACCAUUUUGAAAAUAAAAUCCACAUCAGCACACAGACUUUACUCGACAUGAUCUCACAUAUUUGGCACUGUUGUGGUGUGAGUGUGCGUGUCCUCAGUUGUGUCUCCAUCACUGUUCGUGUGUCAGUUACUUAAAAACACGACUUUCAGACUGAGCAGACACCCUCAUGUUUUUCCUUUCUUAGUUUUAGAUGAGUAUUUCCGAGCUCAGGUAGAAGGUCCAGUCUUUCUCCGACAAUCAGAAAAUCAACCCCUUGUCUUGGAUGAGAGGAUCCCACAGCAGCACUCCCACAAGCCUUUGCAUCUCCCCAGUUCACGAGGGAGAGGCGACGACUUCAGUGCUUCCCUGUGUGUUUUGGGAGCUGGCCUACUUUCUGUUUGUGUAUUGUCUCUGUGUGUCUCUGCCUCUGUUUAAGUUCCCUCGGUGAAAGCCCAGAGGCUCUGUUAUUCCUCUGAGGCAGCGUUCGGUUCACUCCGUCCAGGUCUAAAUGCUGGAGAAGCGUCUCGGUAUUCAGCGCGGGAUAAUAUUUAGUUUUGUUGCGUUUUUCUGCUAGAUUUGCAUCCUUUGUGUGGGGAGCAUGAGUGUAUUCUCUGUGUGGAUGAAUGCUGCCAUUAAGUAGCCAGCCGGGCUUCAGAUGGAGCUCAUCUGAAAGACGGGCCUGUGCUGGUUACAUAAGUCGCUCUUUGUCGUGUCAUUGUGCUGAUGUGAUGAGCCGGGCCGGGCCAGCAGUGGAAGUGGCCUCAUUAACCAGCAGCAAAUAAACGUUUAACACAGAGUAGCAGUGUUUAACGGGCAGAUACGGAUGGACGUCAAAGUUUCGAGUUUCAUCUCCACGUUAGAAAAGUUUCACUGAGUCAUAAGUUGCUGAAGUUAGACUAAACCUUUUUGUUUUGUAGUUAAUGAUAGCUGCAGAUGUUGCAUCAGUGCACCAAGGCUGUGUUUUCUACAUUUAGGAGCUUCAUUUUGGUCAGACGACACACCUUCAUCUGAGAAACGGUGGUGUUUUUUUCCUGGCUGGGUACAGUUUGAGAAAUGUUAAAAAUAGUCCAACUGAAGACCGAAGAACGAAUAUUACAACAUUCAAAAUACAUUUGACAUAAGUGCAUAUGAAGUUUAUUAAUCAGCAGCUCGUGUCAACAUGAAAACUAAACUCUUGGUGUUUUAUUCUGUGUUUCUGUUCGGGUAUAAAUCAUGAGUUUAUUGGCUCUGAUCUUUUUCUCUUUUAUAUUUUUCUUUUACUCUUGCACUGCUCUUUCUUUUUUUACCAUAGUUCUUAUAUUUUAUUUAUAUGUUUAUGGGUUUUUUGUACCUGGUAUGUGAAUGUACCGCUGCUGGAAACAAUUUUAAUUUCCCCACUGAGGGAUAAAUAAAGGAAACUUUAAUCUAAUCUAAUCUAACAUUAAAACCUUUAAUUCUCUGCUACAGAGUAGCUGUUUGUGCCUUUAAAAGAAGCCAUAGUAAGGACAAGAGUGCUGUGAAAAGAGCCACAAUGACUCAGUGUAGGGCUGAGCGAUAUGGCCUCAAAUCAAUGUCACGAUAUGUUGAGCAGUUCACCUCGAUAACAAUAAAUUGACAAUAACUACUCUACUAACUUUCCCAGCAUCUUAAAGGGAAACGAGACCAUAGCUUACCUACACACAUCCAAAACCAACUUUUAUUGAUUUAUUUGACAGCAAAUAUACCGAUAUGGGCAAAAUGAUAUCGGUUAUUUGUCGUAAAUUUCAGUAUCAGUAAAUUUUCAGUUUAUCGCCCAGCCCUAGUACUCAUGCAUCUGAAUCUCCUGAGAAAGAGCAUAACAAAUGUGACACUUACCACCAGGAACGUUCUGUUCUUAUGACAUCGACUUUGUAGCAUGGCAACAGUAGAGGAGGCUUCUGGAGAGCUGGCAGUUUUGAAAAUAGUGGGCUCCUUUAAAGAACGCUCAAAGAGACAGGAGCGGAAAAAUGAGGGUUUUUUUUAAGACGCUGUAAACAAUGUAAUAUAAAGUUACUACAGAGCAGGGGUGGACAAUAUUGAAAAAAGUUGCAAUCAUUAAUAUUUGUGCAACAAUAUUGUGACACAUGAAAUUGACUCUGAAUAUAUCAAUUUGGGUCGGUUAUUGUAUUGAAUUUCGGUAUCUGUAAUUUUCGGUUUAUCGCCCAGCCCUAACACAGUGUAUUAAUCCUCUUUUCACAGAGAUUUAAUGACAUCAAAACCUCAUGGUACAAUCACAGACCAAUGUUUGGUAUUUAUUGCUGUUCAAUAUGGAUUUAAAAACAAACUCAACUCACAAUUUCAUAAACACCUGAGGAAAAUACGGUCAUGAUGGUUAUUUUUGCUCUGGCUCUGUUGUUUUUACUUCCCUUCAAUCAUUUAUUGUCAUCCAGAGAAAAACUCUGUAUGUGCUAUAUACAGAAAUAACAGAUAAUGAUACAUGUGUCCCAUUAUUAAAAAUACUUUCAUACGCCAAGUUCCCAUCGUUUCAGAAACGCCUCCUUGUUCCUCACUAAGGGUGUCCGCCAUUUUUGUUGUUUGUUUACGUCGGUAUCUUCAGUUCCCUCGGCUCUACUGAAACAAAACUUAACUUUUUGUCCAGAAGACUUUUUACUUCAUACCUCACAAAUAAAACACUUUUGUAUGAAUUAAAGAAGAAAUGUUGUCAUAUUUUCAUCCUAAAGUUUGACUAUAACGAGAUGUUGAUCUUGGAGGAUUACGGCACUGUUGCAUCUUUUUCUGGUAGAUUAAAAAAAUGGGGUUACAGUUUUGUAUAAAGAACGAGUGAAGCUUUAAACCCAGUCUGGAAAAACCUGGAAAAUCUCUAACGCAGGAGUUUAUUAAGCCUGAAAAUGCAUCUUGUAGGUCUUGUAGGGUCACUGGUUGUCAGAUAGAGUUCAGCUGCAUGUGUUCAGAUAACAUCAGGUCACAGAGUCAGUGGAGCAAACGUUCCUCUGUGACUCUGCAUCAUUGUGGUUUAGUGUCUUAAAACACUCAUGUUAAGUAGCGUGUUUAUUUUAAUGUUGAAUUUUUGGUUCUGAGCCACCGAAGAAAUGAAACGACCCCAGAAGAAGAAGAAAAAACAAACGUCGGCAUGUUAAUAUGAUUGAAAAAGAACUGAUUUAGAGUAACAAACAGUCUGAAAAACACAGACUGACCUCUGCUUCUGUCUCUGUGUCUCUACAGUGGAGGGUGAGGGUCAGGGUCGAAUUCUCCAGCGGUUUCCUGAGAAAGACUGGGAGGACAGCCCGUUCCCACAAGGGAUAGAGCUGGUAAGUCUACACUCACACACCUUAAAGCGUUAAAACACAUACAUAACAAGGAUCGAUGCAUUUGUCACACGUUUGUUUAGACUUUUAAAAAAGCUCGAAAUUUGUCUUUUUGUCGUUUUGCGUAUUUCGACUCCCUUCAGGCUCGAAUUAUCUUUCUUUUCUCACACAAACAAGUGAAGAAACUUUCACACUUGAGAAGCAUUUACCCUCAAAAAGCACCUGAGGAGGAACGAAGCACAAAGCAUGCUGGAUCCAGAACAAGGCCGACCAUUUAAACAGCACCACUUUUUAAUCUCUCUCUCUGUCUUCAGGUCAAACUCACACAUUUAAAAAUGGUGCCGCAGAAAAGUAAAUAAAGCUUCACCGUCAGCUGAGUUCAAUCAGGGCUAGAAGCAAAAACUAAAACAGUUAAUGUGAUAUAAUUUCUUUUUUCUUUAAAUGAACAUCUAUCUAGUUAUCAUAAUUCACAUUAGUGUCCAAGUGAAGAAGCAGAAAUCCAGAUCUUUGUCGUCCAAAUCUGGAUCUGUUUCAAGAGAGUGGGGGUAACAACGAUCACCACCACCAUAAAAUUCAUAAAAAAUAGCACAUGCGAAGAAAACUGGACGAAUCAGAGUCAAAAUAACUCCUCAGGUGUUGGAUAUCCUUCUGUUUUGCAGUUUUAGUUUAAGUUUUUUGUGCAUUUUUUAAAUUUGUGUCCAAGAAAAACUAGUGCAGUUAAUUUUAGGGUUUAUUUACUUACUCAGAUUGUAGAAAUAUUUAAAUACUAAAGUGUACUCUCUUUAACACCAUUAUAUAAAGCAAAAUUAUAAAUAAAGGUGCAAAAAAUAAAUCCAUGAUCUCCUCCAAAAACUGGUCUGAUGUGGACUUUGUGUGGUUUGCUCAGGAACGAUAGCAUCACUGAUUGUUUCAUUUACUCUCCGUGUUGUUCCAGUAAAUACUGAAAUAUCACAGAGGAUAGAUUCCUCAGUGAGAGGAUAAACGAACACAAAAUAAACGUUCAGGGCUUUGGUUGUGUUUUCAUCUCUUAUCAGAUCAGGUGGGAAACGGGUUAAUGAGGGUCUAUCUCAGGUCUAUCUCGCCCUAAUGUGUUGUAAGAACACAUGCACACUGCUGUCUGACUCUCAGCUCUCUUCCCUCUCCUCUGUAGUUCUGUCAGCCCAGCGGUUGGCAGCUGGUUCCUGAGCGACAGCCCGCCUCCUUCUUUGUCGCGGUUUUGACUGACAUCAACUCAGAGCGUCACUACUGUGCCUGCUUCACCUUCUGGGAGGGUCUGGACCGGAGCCAGGUGAGAUAUAGAUCCGUCAGUUAUCAGAAACAUGACCCGCUCACUGGUUUCCAGUCUAGAGUUUCAUCGUCUACGUUUCAUGAUAUAAAUAAAACACGGAGGGAAACUGGAGAAAUCUCUGCACAAAAGGGACCAGGCUGGAAACCAGUAUUGGACGGCCUCGAUCCUUUGGCCCUCAGGCAGCGCUGCUUUAAAAACAAACAUGACUCUGAAGUGGAAAUGUGACUGUCGCUCUGGGUGUUAUUUCUCCGCUCAGCUGCAGAAAGCAGAGGCCAGCGAGGCAGAUGAGGUGGAUGAGGAACCAGCGGUCGUCCAAUCAGCUCAGGUUUUUGCCCCUAAAAGCCUGGUGCUGGUGUCUCGACUGGACUACACCGAAGUGUUCAGGGUACGACAAACACACAUAUUGGAAAUUACACUAUCAAUAGACACUUGGGACACUGACAGAGUCUCUCUCGUUUGAGCAGAACUGCCUGGGUCUGAUCUACACCGUCCACGUAGAUGGCCUCUCUGCCCCCCUGGAAACAGUGAUUGGGAACCUCCUCACCUGUGUCAUCCCUAUAGCUGGAGGCUCACAGGUAAUUGCUGACCCUUGACCUUUUUUGCACAGAUACACCUGAGAGUGAUUUCUUUGCUUCUUUUUGCACAGUGGGACAGUUUCUUUCACUUUAUAGACUCUCUCUAGAGUAGAUCACAUGUUGUUUUAUCAAAGCAUGUUACAUCCUCCUUUCUCGGCGUUACGGUCGCUCUGCUCGUCUCACUAUCUUCAGUCGUAUUUCAGAUAUUUGUGUUUGACGUCAACAGAAUAAAAGUAAGUUACUGUUAAAGACCGCUGCCGUCUAGUAUCAUGGUUAUUUAACUGGCAAGCAGCACAAACACAUUCCACGUGGGUCACAUCUGUGCAGGCUCUGUGCAGAUUUAAUAUACACAGAGUGUGGCAGAGUACAGAUUAGACUCUGCUCCGCUAAAUGAUUAAAAAAACAGCCAAUUCUUUGGGUACGAUUUCCAAAAUCAAAGUUCUUUCUUUCUUUCCUGUCAGGAUCUUUGUGUUUGAGUUGACUUUGGCGCCCCCUGUGGACAAAAACUACCUCUAAUAUUGUUCUUUUUGCUGAUUUGGACCUGUGAUACAUUCAGCAAAAACUCUUAUCAGCUGUUUUUUUAAAGAGUUGUAAAAAAGAGUUACAUAAAAGCUGUUUCUGCAGAGCGUGAGACGUUAAUCAUCAUCUAACACCAUCAAUGCAGCAGCGAUGAUUCACUAAAAAUAACCUUAUAAAGAUAUAAUCUGUCUUUACGCUGAUGGUUUGCACCAGUUUGACUUUUAGUGUGUUGCACAUCCAGCUAAAAUUCCUCAGAGGUGCUUUAAAAGCAUUUUAAAAACUGCACAGUAGGCGAGGAAUAAAGUGAGUCACAUCAUGCAGAAGGAAAAGUAAAAUUGUUCACAUUUUUAUGAUUCACAUUAAGUUUUAUAUUUGACUGUAGUUGCAGUAUGAGUUGGUGCUUUGGAGAAAGGGCGUAGGUAAUAUUGAGACACCAAAAAUUCCUCACAGGAGCUUUAAAAAGGAACGAUAAUGAACAUUUUCAGGAAAGUUUAGCAGGUAAACUCGAAGAAGAGUGGACCGGAUCUUCUCAGAUGAGUAGUUUUUGGGUUUCUGAGCCCUGACAGCAGAUCUGAACUCUUUUAAGUCUGGGAUUCAGAGCAGAAGAAGAAGAAGAUCAGUGCCUCAGAUUUAGUUCUGAAAGAUUUUGGGUUCCUGAAAUCCUCUCAGAUGUUUGAAUGUGAUGUUAGAAAUAUGCACCUUCAAGAUAAACACAUGCACGUCAAUAAAAUGAGUGUUUAAACUCUGCAUAACAAAAUCAUUUUUAGCUGUACCAUCUUUGAGCAGUCUAGACAGUCAUAUUGGUGAAUUAAAAGACCUCUUAUAUGCACUUUUAGUUGUUUUUAAGUGUAUUUUUACUGUUGGGUUCACACUAGAGGAAAUGAAUUCAAAAGCGCUCGAUCAUCAGACUAAACCAUCAAAUUUUGCAAGUGAUGUUUGCUCUGAAAGAGGACAAUAAUCCCUCUAUUUGUAUCCAAAUAAACACGCAAACAUGUUUGUGUUUCUGUUACAUAACUUUUCAUAUUUGAGACUCUUGGAACCCCGCUUCUGUCUCUUAUUUUAGUCUUUGUUUACUUACAGAAUAGCUGAAAUAACUCUGAGAAAAAACGGCAUCAGGGUUUGUCCGUGUUUCUGCAUGUGAAAAUGGAGCAGCAGCAUCUUUUCUUUUUUUUCUCAUCACUUUUUAUUUGAGUUUAAUGUCUUUAUAAUUUGAGAGAGCUCUGUUUUUGUGUCACAUUCAGAAAAUAGUGACUUCUGUCUGCUUUCUUAUAUUUCUCUUCUGCAGUUGAUCCAAAGAGUCGAAUCAUAUUUGGUGCACAAGCAGUGGAAGUGUCUAUAUUCUCAUUUGCACAUGAGUUGAUCGCUCCUUCCUUCUUUCCUCCUGAUGUUGUGUGUCAUGUGUGUGCGCUCUACUGUACACUGGUUCCUCUGUGUUACAGAUAAAUGAGUCCCCAGUUUGUAGUUUAGAAAAGGUUCCUCAGGUGCUGGCCUGUGAUUGGCUGCUGGCCUGUCUCCAGGUAACUUUUAUGGUUUUUGCAAGCUUCACCAAUCAACAACCAGCUCGAUGUUUUUGUUGAUCAAGCAGACGCCAGUUUUCUUUUCCUUUGAGAAAUGUGCUCUUUUCUUUCUUUCUUUCUUUCUUUCUUUCUUUCUUUCUUUCUUUCUUUCUUUCUUUCUUUUUUCUCUUUUUUGUUUUUUCUUUCUUUUUUCAAUUUUCUGUUUUUUCUUUUUUGUUUUUCUUACUUUUAUAUAUCUAUCUUUCUUUUUCUUUCUUUCUUCUUUUCUUUCUUUCUUUUGUUAUCUUUCUUUUUCUCCUUUCUUUGAUUUUUUUCUUCUUUUUUCUAUUUUUCUUUUCUAUUUUUUUCUUUCUUUUUUCUCUUUUUUUGUUUUUUUUUCUUUUUUGUCUUUUCUUUGUUUUUCCUUCUUUUUUGUUUUUCUCUUUUCUGUCUUUCUUUUCUCUUUGUUUUUUUUCUCUUAGUGUUUUUAUCUUUCUUUUUUCUUUCUUUUUUAUUCUUUCUUUUUUUCUUUGUUUUUUCUGUCAGUUUAUCUCAUUUCUUUUCUUUCUCCUUUCUUUCUUUUUUCUCUUUUUUUAUUAUCUCUUUUUCUUUCUUUUUUGUAUCUUUCUUUCUUUCUUUCUUUCUUUUUUCUCUUUUUUGUUUUUUCUUUCUUUUUUCAAUUUUCUGUUUUUUCUUUUUUGUUUUUCUUACUUUUAUAUAUCUAUCUUUCUUUUUCUUUCUUUCUUCUUUUCUUUCUUUCUUUUGUUAUCUUUCUUUUUCUCCUUUCUUUGAUUUUUUUCUUCUUUUUUCUAUUUUUCUUUUCUAUUUUUUUCUUUCUUUUUUCUCUUUUUUUUUUUUUUUUUCUUUUUUGUCUUUUCUUUGUUUUUCCUUCUUUUUUGUUUUUCUCUUUUCUGUCUUUCUUUUCUCUUUGUUUUUUUUCUCUUAGUGUUUUUAUCUUUCUUUUUUCUUUCUUUUUUAUUCUUUCUUUUUUUCUUUGUUUUUUCUGUCAGUUUAUCUCAUUUCUUUUCUUUCUCUUCUCUUUCUUUUUUCUCUUUUUUUAUUAUCUCUUUUUCUUUCUUUUUUGUAUCUUUCUUUUUUCUUUUCUUUGUUUCUUUCUUUUUUCUUUAUUUCUUUCUUCUUUCUCCCUUCUUCCUUCUGUCCCUUCUUCCUUCUAUCCUUUAUUCCCUCCUUCCUUCCCUUUUUCCUUCUCUCUCUCUCUUGCUCUUUUCUGCGGUCAUUUCAGAUCAUCUGUGAUUGAUGACGCUCUGGCUGUUUUUUCAUGUGUUUUGUGAUCAGUUUCCACAGGAUCAUAUGAUUCAUUUCAUGCGGAUUUUUCCCUCUUGUCAUCAGCUUGAUUUGUUUAUGUUUUUUUUUUUAUUUUGAAUGUUUGAGAACAGAUUAUCUCAGCUCUGUUUCUGCACUCUCUCAUGUACACACGUUCAAAGCGGUUGCUGUUCAGGUCGUAGUUCAGUUUCGAGGUGAACAUAUGGGACGGCAGAUGGCUUCCUACCAGGCUGCGCAGCAUCUGAAUGACAGGACCAGAUCUAAUCAGUAUUAACACACAUACAGACCACAACAACACAAGCUGAGUGCAGCUCACCUCUCACGCAGGAAAACACAAACACAGAGCGGAUCACGGGCAGGACGUUGGUUUGAUCGUAGGGCUGCAGAAAAGAGCUAAUAUAAUGUAUGCAGUCUGUCUCCUCUAAACUAAACAAACACCUGUACUUUUGCUGCACGCUGAUCCUCCAGGCUUUAACAAAUGAGUUUGUCCUGUUUCUUCCCACCCGAGCACAAACAGUCCUGUUCCUGAGACUCAAGAGGAGCACGGGCCACUUAAAGAGACUAACACACACACACACACACACACACACACACACACACACACACACACACACACAUUCCUGUAGCUGUUAAAUCACACAGGGCUCUUCUAUCAGCCUCACUGAGUGCCACAGAGUCUGUCUGUUCAACAUCAGCCUGAACACAGAGGAGACAAAAGCUCCACAACGUGACUGGACUAAAAUCAGCUCUGUGAUCAGACACGCUGUCUUAGUACGUCUGUUACACUCGCACAAACAUAAUUUUUUACCAUCUGCAAAACCUGUAUUAAAGGGAUAUUCCGUUGUAAAAUUAAUAUUGGGUCAAAAACACCGUAACACCGAGUUAGAAUACGCCCUCAACAGAUGAAUGUUGCCGACUUGGUAGCACUAGACACCAAACAUCUUUUUAACUUUGACUCAUUUCUUUAGCAAAGAGACUAAACACAACUCACCUACUCUCUUCCAGCAGCCGCUUGUUUGUUGCGCGACCUCAGACCAGUCCAUUACGGACUACAGCGGGGUGCCGCAGCUCAAGGAAGAACAUUUAUGAUUAUUUCUUCAUGGAAAUACAAUCAGACCGAGACGCUAAGACAGAAGAACUACCGCGUCUGCAGAGAAAAAUGAUUAAUAUGGUGAUUAUUACUUAAAGGAAAUGAUAAAGAAAUGAUAAUUGCAUCGUUACUUAAAUUGGUAUAACUAGAGGAGCAAACAGUCGGCAACAUUCAUCCCUUGAUGGGGUGUCUAACUCAGUGUUACAGUGUGUUUGACCCUAAAUUAAUUUUACGCCAGAAUAUCCCUUUAAGAUUAUUUUUGUGUAUUUGUGGAAAUAUGUCACAAAAGUCUGUUAGCGUGACGUUAUUGAUCCCAUAAAUACACCAAUAUUUUAUAUUUCUUGCUAAAUAUGUUCUUUGCACAGUAGAAUUAAGAAAAACUUGUUAAUUCUUUAAUCAAAACACACAUUUAGCAAUUACUAAAAAAGACGAGAGCUUGUAGGAAAGUUUCUUAAAGCGUAGGUAUUUGAUGCAGAUUACACAUUUAGGUAUAAAUGCUGAAAUGUCAAUGUUCCUGUGAGGAGCAGUCAGUUGUGUUGAAGUUGGCGCCCCCUGUGGACAAAGCAGUCUCAGCCUGUUUGGUCCUUACAGGUCGACAAAACUUCUGCGCUGAAAUGAAACGCAUCAUUUAUGGUAAAUCAGUAAUAUUUGAAAUGUUUUGAAAAAAGGGGUCUGACAUCUUAGCCUACAGAUGCUCUUUGACAGCAGGAUACCGUGUGUGUGCACACAUCCCACAUCUUCAUCAGACUUUACGAAGGGCUGUUUCAUUCACACAUGCAGCUCACCUGGACAACUUCGGAGGGUUUUCAGGUGUUUUCAGUCUGAGCGUCUAGACUAAACUUCUAACUUCACAUUUACAGACGCCUCCUGUUUCCCAGUCUAAAUAUUUGUGGCCCACUUCCUUCGAGUGUUGUUAAAGUUGUCAAUAUUAACAUCACACUUACCUUUUCAAAACAGGAAGCCUGACAGACUGAACUGCGCUAAUUAUGCAGGAUGAGGUUUUGUGAAGCAAAAAUCUGGCAGACGAGGAUUUCAGUAUUUAUUUAUAAGCCAGACUGUCCCGUCGACAUGCUGAGUGGGCGUCACAGAAAAGACUUGAGGUCCUUUUUUAUCAGCUGGAGCAAACGGUCCACAUUUAUCUCUAAAGAAUGGACAGUUCCAGUUUGUUGAAGUGUCUCUUGUGAAAGAACUGAACUCAUUUUUUCUCUGGGUGUCUGACGCGAACACGGUGACCUGCGGGAUGUUACAACACUCUAGUUAUUUAUUGAAUAGUUUACACAACCCUGAUGUGAAGCGACCUGCAGGCUGUUGGCCUGAUGUGAGAGCUGAUGGGUUAGUAAAGAGAAGCUGCGAGAUCGCUUCACGGUUAGGGAUCAAAUUUAACGAAGCUGCAUGACAGAGUCUGUACGUGAACCCUGCUCCGUGACCUGUUUGAAAGUGUGGGUGGAUGACUUCUGUUGACUUUGGGGGAAGGUUAUUUGCUGCUCUUAAAGUCUAUCAGUGAUUCAAGCUUUUACAGGAAUACUUAAAUAUCACCUCGUAGAUAAGCUUCGGCGACGGGGGGGAAUUUAAAUCCCUGUUUCUCGACACCACCUGUCUCAGCGCCAACAGCUCUGACUGACAUUAACAGUAACUCCGGAGAGAAAACCCCGCUGCAGACUGAAAGUGAAGCAGGUUAUUCUCCUCGGGGUUGUUGCCACCUUUUACGGCUCACAUGAUGAGACUUGCGUUUUUUGUUGUUUUCACGUAACCUGUGAGCUUCUCUCUUCCUCCUCUUUUUUUUAUCGGCUCAGAGCGUCGGAGGGUUUGAGGGUGAAAACGUGAUUGUAUUACAGGAACUUCAUUGUUUCCAGUAUCAGAUUGUGACAGUUUUGGAUCAAUCAUGUGGUGUUAGGAGAGCCAAACCGCAGAUUAGGGUUUGGAAAUGAGAAUACAACAGCUGAGGGAACUUUCCUUUCACCUGAGAGUUACGGUUAGACAAUUAUGUAAGGAGGAUGACGAGGAUGUUUAGACAGACAGUUUCAGCCCCUGUCAAACUGUCUUUAUCCAGUUAUUUCCCUUAAACACUGUGACUACAUCAGUUAUCACAAAUUUACCUCCUUCAGACUGGAAAAUAGUCCAUGACCCGCCAGAGUAACUUGAUGUUUUUUCUGCUUUUACAACAAAGUUCAGUUUUUCUCUCUUAAGUUUCUUCUUCAAAAUGUAUUUUUCUGUGAUAUACUGACUAAAACAGUCUUAUAUAUAUGAGUCAAUUGUCUAAGCUUGUACAUAUUUGUGUAGUAUUUACUUACUGUGCUCUUUUAUUAAGACUACACUAAAUGACAGAUACACCGACAUAGGGCUGGGCGAUAAAACAAUAAUUUAUUUCCUUCAAUAUCGAUGUGAAACAUGGUCAACAUGCUUUUCAAUAGUCUGCAUUCUGCCAUGUUUUGGUAGACGAUACGAAUAGCCAAUGAAAAGGGGAGUUACUCCGAGUCUGUGCCAGGCUGAACCAAUCAUUGAAUCUAAUGUGGAGUAGCAGGCAGCAGCUACAUGCAACCAUAGCACUUAACGAAAAGCAGAAAAUGAGUGCUAGAAAUGGGCAGAAAUGACGACAUCGUUGACGACACUGGCAUGAAAACGGCGGUGGUGUGGAGGUGUUACAGCCCUCGGUAUCAAUAAACCACAGCGUUGUGUUCAACUGGUACAGUCUCCAUGAAACUAAAACCACAGCAAAAAUAGAAAUCAUGUUUCAAUGUAACAAAUUCACACAAAACAGUGCUUAAAUAUUUAAUUUUACUAUUAAAACAACCAGAAUGAUAACAUUCGGAACAGUUUCCCCCCUGACAUCAAAACCACGCACAAUCACAAACAAUAACACGCCACUCAAAUUAUUUUCAUGCCACCUUCCUCUCUUCACCUACCAAGGGUGCAAACUGGAUCUAAAAAGCCUCUUGUACUCGACCCCAGACCAACUGCACCCAAAGAUAAGAACAAACAAAAUAAAUACACGUCAAUUCUGAGCUUAUUACCACAGACAGCUGGAAAACCUCAGUCCGACUUUCCUUUAAUUGCACUUACUUUUGCAGGUGAUAGAGUAGAUUUGUUCGAAGUAAAGGGUAUCAUGAAGAAGGAACAGUACCACUCCAUCCUCCAGCACCAUGCUGUUCCAUCUGGACUCAGACUUGUGGCUCAUAAGUUUGUUUUGCAGCAAGACAAUGACCCUAAGCACUCUGCCAAGCUCUGUCAGGGUUACCUCGACAAAAAAGAAGAGGAAGGUGUUCUUCAAAAGAUGGUUUGGCCCCCUCAGUCUCCAGACCUUUCUCCAAUUGAGCUUGUGCAGGAUGAAUUGGAUCGAUCGGUCAGAAAAGUGCGUCCCACGAAUCAGCAGUCUCUUUUUGAUGAACUUGAGAAAGCUUGGAAUGAAAUCCCUGGAACAGACCUUAGAAAACUUGUGGAACGAAUGCCUGGUAUAUGCCAAGCUGUUGUUAAAGCCAGAGCAGGUUACUUUAAGGAAAGCAAAGUCUAAGCAAAGUAUAUUAAUGAAACUGAUCUUUUUUUGUACAAAUCUGAUCUUGCUUCCAAACUUUUGGUCUGUAGUGUAAAUCAAUAUCAACUGAUAUAAAGAAUAUAUAUAUCCUGAUAAACUUUUUCUCUUAUCGCCCAGCCCUACCCCGACAUUUGUUUGUACCUCUCUCUCUCUCUCUCUGUCUCUUUAAUUGAGGGUUAAAAUCUCAUGUUAUCCAUCCGUUGCCGUUCUUGUGUUGCAGAAUGACGCUCUGACUUUGUUUUGCACAUCUGUGACGCUCAGACCAUGUUUUUCCCUCAGCCUCCAUCUUCAUCAUGUUAUUGUUUGUGCGGCUUGCCUGUUUUCGGCGUGCUGCAUCAUCACUGCUGUCCAGUUUGGGUUUCAGUUGUUUCUAACCUGUGUCUUAUCCCGCGGGUGUGUUUGUGUUUAUGUGCGUGUGCGUGUGUGUGUGUGUGUGUGUGUGUGUGUGUGUGUGUGUGUGGGUGUGGGUGCUUGUGUAGCCGGGCCAGGAGGAGAGAGAGGAGAGUUUGGUACGCCAGCCUGACUUCAUUCUCCCCUCCCACUACAACCAAUCAGCUCCAAGCUUUCUCAGCCUCCUUUUCUGCUCCGAUUCUCUUCGGCUAAUCCGUGCACACUUUCUGUGGCUGGAGAACCAAUCAAAACGCUUGAAUACAGACUCAAUAUGUGACCGACAGCUGACCCCUGUGGGAAACUAAGAACACAUCUUUAAUUCCAUCGUUUAAAAGACGACGAUGAUGAUGAUGAUGAUGAUCCACGUGGUUAUUAAAAAAAAGACAUCCAUCCUCUUAACUCGGAGCUCCCACUUUCAGCACACAUGCUGAUCAGAUGUUGGUCACAUUAUUGAGUCGCUAACAGCUCAUCUCUGGUUGCUGACGCUUGCUGUUUCUGCAGAGAGCAUGAAAAAUAAUUUUGCACUUUCUCGCCUCGUGAACUCCGGGAUGGGAGCCGCAGAGACCCCAGAUUUCUGCUCCUCCCCAAACAGUCAAUUCUCUAAUCAUGUUUCGUCCAUCUGGCGUGAAAAUGGAUUUUUAUCGUGCCGACUUUUCUUUUGUUUGGGUCUUGAUGAACAGCUCACUAAAAUCUUAAAUCCACCAUCUCCAGACUGCUGUUGGUUUUAUCCAGUCCAGAGUCUUGGCAGAUUCAAGUCUACGAGGAGGUUUUAGAGACCAUCAUGCUUCCAUCUGCUGAGAAGCUCCAUGGAGAUCCAGAUUUCCUUUUCCAGCAGGACCUGGUGCCUGCUGGAAACUGGUUUGCUGUGCCUGAUUGACCUGAACCGCAUAGAGGAUCUCUGGAGGAUUAUGAAGAGGAAGAUGAGAGCUAUCAGAGCCCUGGACUUCAGUGAGACCCCAGCAGAGACACAAACUCCUCUCUUCUGAAUCUUCUGAUGUUUGAGACGGUGGAGUUUUUGGUUUUUGUGAGCUGUAAUCAUCGAGUUUGAGGAGAUAAACUUUCUCAGGACGUGUUAAAGGGAUAUUCAGGCGUAAAAUUAGACACCCCCUCGAGAGAUGAAUGUUGUCAACAGGACAUAUAGGGUCACAGACAUAGUACUAGACACCAAACAUCUUUUUAACUUUGACUCAUUUCUUUAGCAAAGAGACUAAACACAACUCACCUACUCUCUUCCAGCAGACGCUUGUUUGUAGCGAGACCUCAGGCCAGUCCAUUACAGACUACAGCGGGGUGUCACAGCUCAAGGAAGAACAUUUAUGAUCAUUUCUUCAUGGAAAUACAAUCAGACUGAGACGCUAAGACAGAAGAACUACCGCGUCUGCAGAGAAAAUGAUUAAUAUGGUGAUUAUUACUUAAAGGAAAUUAUAAAGAAAUGAUCAUAAAUGUUCUUCCUUGAGCUGCGAAACUCCGUUUUAGUCCGUAGUGAACUGGCCUGAGGUCUCACUACAAACAAGCAGCUACUGGAAGAGAGGUGGUGAAUACUAUGGCUGUGACCCUAUAUGUCCUGUUGAUGAAGUUAGGUGCUGUUCUGAGCAUCAUUUGUGGCUAUAGAGUGGCGUUUUGGUUGAGGUUAGUUUAUGGCUCCUCAGACCGCUGUGUAUUGCUAUCCUGCGGUCGUUACUACAUUCAUCUUCAUACAUUCAUACAACAUUCAUCUCUCGAGGGGUGUUUAACGGAAUAUCCCUUUAAUCUUGGAUCUGUAGUCUUAUAAACUGAAUCUUGUGCUCCAGGAUGAUUAAACUGCAGAUAACCCCUUAAAGUCUCUGCAGCACAACAGUCCCUCAGCGUGUAGCCGUGCUGUAUCACAGAGCUCGUCCUGCAUUGAUUUAUAUUUUCGCUCUCUAAAUCAUCCAUCUCUCCCCUCUGGGUUCGGCUUGUUAUUCAAACCGCUCAUAAAUCAAUAGUUAUUGGCUUUGUCUUCUGUCUGCAGCGCAGCAGACCUACAGUUUUACAAAAUCGAUCUGGCUGUUUGUAAAAGAGGACGGUUAUCAGACGGAGAACAGAUCAACGUUUUUAUGAUUUUAUGAAGAAAGACUCUUUGAAUCAACCAAAGAUCUUUGCUCGUGCUUCUCGGCCUGACAUGAAUCAUCCACGCAGAUUUACCCUGAUAAAUCUCUAACCUGCACACCACACCUGCCAUGUGGCGGGGAUUUCUCGCUCUUCGACAUGUUAUCCUGGUUGUUGUCCCUAGUAAGGUCGUUGGCAUGGAGUCCCGCUAAGCUCCAUUCGUUUUAAUCAGCUGGAAUGGCUUGUGUUUGAUUUGUGAUGUACCUGCUAAGCUUUUGGGAUCUCUCUCAUCUCUCUGUUGCUGAUCACGCUGCUCCCCCCCGGACACGCACCGCUGUGAUUAAACCACGCUGUCCAACCCUGAUUUUCUGAGACACAAACACGUCUUCUCUGUCGUUUCUCACCUCACCUAAAAUCCCUCUUUUCUCUCCACCUCUCUUCUAAUCUGUAGCGGACUAUUACGUUAGGCGCUGGUGACCGGCAAGUCAUCCAAACUCCCAUCGAUGACUCACUUCCUGUCAGCGGCUGCAGCGUGGCCCAGCUCUUCAGACAGCUUGGUACGGAUCAUCACAAGAGUUUGUGUUUUGAUUUGAACUUUAAUUUUGAGGUUUUUCAGGAAAGAGACCUUGAGUGAAUCCUGGUUUUUAGACUUUAAAUGUGAACGUGUGAUUACAGAUUUUAGUCCCGGUCCUGGACCUCCUGUGACGCCUUGUCUCUGCUCUUUCUUCAGGUAUCGUGAACGUCUUGUAUCUUUUCUGCGCCGCCCUGACGGAACAUAAGAUCCUGUUUCUGUCCAGCAGCUACCAGAGACUGACGGACGCAUGCCGGGGUCUGCUGGCCAUCAUGUUCCCUCUCAAAUACAGGUCUGGUUUUAGUCCUCGGUUUCUCUGUUUGAGCUCAGGACACGUUUGAUCCAGGCUUCGAAGAAAAUCAUUUUUACUGACGGCAGAUUUGUGUCUUUUUCAGCUUCACCUACAUCCCCAUCCUGCCGGGAAAACUCCUGGAGGUCCUGAGCACCCCCACCCCCUUCAUCAUCGGUGUAAAUUCAUUCUUUCGAUCAGAGACGCAAGAACUGGUGAGUUGUGUCUCAACGGUGCAACUCCUGUAUAAACUGUGUAAUUGAAUAUGCCGACAUAGGGCUGGGCGAUAUGGCCUUAAAUCAAUAUCACAAAAUAUUGAUUAGUUCACCUCGAAAAUGAUAAAUGGACGAUAACUACUCCACAAGCUGCUCACCCCCUCCCAUAUUAACUUCGUCUACUUCAGCCGCUACAACUUUCUCUCCGUCCUCCAUCUCCUCUCCUGUCUUUCCCUCUUUGUUAUGGACUGGAUGGGGUGGAGUCACGUCUGGUGGAGGACAGUGUCUUUAAGGGACAUCAGACCAUAGCCUACCUACACACAUCCAAAAACAACUUUUAUUUAUUUAUUUUUUUGUGACACCAAAUAUACCGAUAUGGGCAAAAUGACUUCGGUUAUUGUCGCAAAUUUCUUUAUCGGUAAAUUUAUGGUUUUAUCGCCCAGCCCUAAUCCUCAGUGUCAGGCCCAGCUUCUAAAACCAACUUUGAUUUAUUUAUUUUUUUGACAAUGAAUCUACUGAUAUGGGCAAAAUGAUGUCGAUUAUCGUAGUUUAUUUCGGUAUCGGUAAAUUUUCGGUUUAUCGCCUAGCCCUAUUCCUCAGUGUCCGGCCCAGCCUCCAAAACCAACUUUGAUUUAUUUAUUUUUUUGACACCGAUAUCGGCAGAAUGAAGUUGGUUAUUAUCAUAAAUUUCGGUAUCGGUAAAUUUUCGUUUUAUCGCCCAGCCCCAAUCGACUGGGUCAUAAAAUCUGUUAAAUUUCAUGUUUUUUUUUUUUUUCAGAAGUCUUUAAUUCAUAAAACAGUAUAAAAAGGAUCCAAUUUGGCGUGUCUUCAUCUAAAGUUCUGCCGUCACAUGACCUGCUCAGUCUUUCUUCUCCAUAAAUCACUGCAGCGCUGGUGAGAAGUCACAUUUUGAGCUGAGACUCUUUGGACAUUUUGAAGCAGUGUGUUUCAUUUGUCAGAGCGGAGAGGUUUUCUCCAGUGAGGUUUUAUCGGUGAAUUCAAAGAGAGCGGUCGUACCUGCAGGUUUUUCAGGACCGGUUCAGUUUGAUCCUGGUGGAACAGAAGGAGAAAUUCAGCUCUUAGAAAACCACGACGUGGGCAAAAUAACGUUGGUUAUUGUUGUAAAUUUCUGUAUCGGUAAAUUCCCGGUUUAUCGCCCAGCCCUAUGCCAUCCUAAUUUUUCUGUUCUUUAAGGCUCAGUCUGACGAGCUGCACCUGUCUCCUCAGACUCAGAGUAAAUCAAGAGUUAUAAAUAAAUCUCAGUGCUGUAGGUUAUCUUUACCAUCUUUGCAGUGAAAUGAAAACACCGUCUACAUGCAGCUCAGCAUCAACUCAGAGAGAGGAGAAAAGGAGGAUGUAUUGUUUUGCAGCUUUAUGAACUAACCCUUUGAAGGACCCGGAGUAGCUUCUAAAAUUACACAGAUGAUGCCAAAAAGUCCUGAUGAUAAAACCCUGUUAUUCACUCGGAAACAUCCAGAAGGCUGACGUUGAUCUGAGUUUAAUAUAAACCCUCAGUGACCCAUCAAGCAACGGUUCAUUUCUCUUUUAAUAAAGCAUCGUCUUGCUCUUUACAAGCUUUGCCAACAUGAAUUAUACCAACAUACACGACAACAAUCACCGUGGAGACCUGCUGAUCAAAGCGAAUCAUUUACCGGGCUGUCUUAUUAAAGUCUGAUGAGAGUGUAAUGAACCGUCCUGAUGGAGACGUCCUGAUUAUGAAAACACUCUGUUUAGGUCUGGAGCCGCAUGUUUGUUAUUGUCAAGCUCAUGUCAGGGUCAGGGGUCAAAGGUUAUCAUUUGGGCGACUUUUACGAGAAGCUGCUGAUGGAGGUGACUUUGUUUGUCUGUUUGUGCGUUUUCAGUUGGACGUGAUCAUCGCAGAUCUGGACGGCGGCACCGUGACGAUCCCCGAGUGUGUCCACAUCUCGCUGCUGCCUGAGCCGCUCCUUCAGCAGACCCAGACUGCGCUGUCCAUGGUAAGAGCUGCAGCCUCCGCUCUGACUGAACACACCCCUGCCUGAAGUCUCAUUAACAUCCUGUGGGUGGUUUCUGCCUGGCAGUACAUUCCCUGAUGGUGUUUUCCCUGGUGGGCUGAGAUGCCAGGAAUCUCUUCAAGGAUUGUUUCCUGCUCAUUUAUGACAUGCCUUCAUUUUUUUAGUGGUGCUUGUUUUGUUUGAAGAGCUUUAACAGUCAUUCCUGUGUUUCCUUGGCUUGAUUUUACGGCUCUAGCUGAUUAUUUGUUUGAUAAAUAUUCACAUUGAAGCACUUUUAUUGAAGGCGUUUCAUCAUGUCAGUCUGGGACAUCUGCGCAGUAGAUCUGAAGCUCUUAAAACUCUAUUCCAUCUCUGCCUGUUACUCUUUGGUUUUGCUGCUUUUCCACAAAGUUACACACGACUUUUUAAGGUGUUACUUUUUACACAGUUGUAAAGUCACAAAGCAAUCUGAAAGUUUUGUAAAUGGAGGACAUCUGAGGCUAGCAGCCGAUUUACUCGCCAUUUGACUUGGGCUGAACGAUGAAUUGCAUUUGCGAUUACAUCGUUAUAUUGUCACCCUAUUGAAAAAAUGGCCUUAGUUAUUUUUAGACAAAAAUGAGUUUUUGGCCUAAAUUAUCCCUUAAUUGUCUCGAGAUAAUUUAGGCCAAAAACUCAUUUUCGUCAAAAAAUAACUUAGGCCAUUAUUUUAAAAGGGUGGCGAUAUGAUAAAACACAAUUUUCCAACUGCAAAGGCUGCGGUUUUGACUGAUCACGUGAUUUGGGAGCGAGCAGAGCAGAACCUGCUGUGCUCCUGUUGCUACAUCAGGAGGUGACACUACGAACCUUUAUCAACACUUACGAAAAAGCGACAGCGACACCAGCGAUUCAUCUUCAAACCACGUCUGCUUAAUGAUGGAAAACGCAGUCAAUACGGUGAAGGCAGCACAGCUGAAUGAAUCUUUCGCCAUCCAUACGUAGAUUAGAAUCAUGACGUAUAUGACAGCGAGUGCAUGUGUGUGUGAGCAGAGAUAGCCUGUGUGUGUGUGUGUGUGUGAAGUGAUAACUGCCAGAAAGAACUAUUUAUGUAUAAAUAAUCUGAUAUUGUUUUCGAUAAAACAGAUUGAUUUAUUGUUUGUGUUUGUUGAAAAUACACGAGAAGAGGACCUCGACAAAAUAACUGCAUAUUAAAUCGCAUUUAGAUUAUUUCCAGCUUUUGGUUCUGAUCCGUCAUGAUUGAGUCUUUAUCGCCUGAACCGCCCAAAGGUUUCAGUCAGAGUUUAGCUCGCCCUCUAAGGGUUAAAUCCUUUAGUGAAAUCAGAAACAAUCAUAAACUCCCUCACGUGCACUGAUGAAGUCUUAUCAAUCACGUAAAAAUAAUCGAGCUCAUAUCACACUCUGAAUCUCAUCCUCCUGCUCUCAUUCUGAGAAACUAUUCAAGUCUCAUCAAAGAUUUUCCUUCUUCCUUAUUCCCUCAUUGAUAUCUUCAGAAAACAAACAGGAUCGUCUUUUCCUUCUUACCUUUGUCUGGAUAUACAUCAUGACACAUGUGAGAUGAUUCUCUGUUUGCUGUUACAUAAGUUACAGUUCAUGUUGCAGGAAAAAGUUCUCCAGUUUAUGAUUAAUUUACUUAACGCGUCACACAGAAAACAAAUAAAAACGUACUUAUGUAAUACUCUGCAGAUUUAUCAGGUUACGGUAAAAACAGUCUGCUGCUGUUAUGUAACGACACUUUUUAUAAGAAUUUAUGACGCUCAUUUUAAAGAAUUCACUUCCUUUUAAGUUUUUUAUUUAGUUGAUAAACUUUUGCGGACUUCUUUAGCUGCACAUUUCGCUGUACUUUUUGCAAUCUUGCACAAAAUACCACAACAGGCGAUGGAGAUUCGCAUCUCUGACGUAACGUUUAGCAGCGAUCCACAGCGAUGAUGAUGCAGAAGGACGUCGGCUGCAGAGUGAUGAUCGGCGCUGAAAUGCGUGUCGUAAACUUCACGAUGGAACAAUUCAGAUGAAACCCUGAAACUUCCUUUUGAGUAAAAUGCUGAUCGACUUCUUCCUGGAUCGUCUGGUUUUAUGGCUUUGAAUGUUUUGUUCACAAGAUGAAUCACUGCAUUUGGCCGCCGUUUGAGUAUUCAUGGUUGAAAUUUAACAGAGUUGGAGUAUUAAACUGAUGUUAAAUGUGGCGUCACGGAGACCGAGGGGAGGAUGUUUGUUUUGGCGUCAAUCCGAGUGUGUGACGAGGUGAGAUUUGGAGAAUCUCAGAUUAUCUUCUUUGGAGUUUGAGUCUGAAAAUGAUGAUAAAUGAGCUCAAAAUGGUCACCUUUUAUUUUGUGGCUGAUUCCUGAUUUUUAAAACUCAGAAAUCUUCAGUCUCGUCGCCUCUUCUUGUUUGAUUGAGUGACAGUUGUUAAGUCUCCUCCUACGUGACCAUCGUAUUACCCCUCCUUGGUUUCUUCGGCUUAUCUGUUAAAACAGCCCGCCCUUGUGAGGCGCUUCUUUAUCUUAAUUAUAUCCUUUUAAUUGUUUUAUUAUCUUGAGUUUAUCUUUGUUUAUGUCCUUUAUUUACAAAAAGUCAAUUAAAAGGUGACUUUGAGCACUCCUCACUUUCUUCUCCGUAAAGACAGUGAAUCAGGGCUGUUCUCAGAUUUAUGGGCGGAUACGUGUCGAAAAUAUUCACCAGAAUUAUGAUGUUGCGAUGUUUAUUUUCAUCUCCAAAGUUUGACUCCAGAGUCCUUUAUCUGGAGUUUUAACCUUCGACCCUCCAACAGUAGCAUCCUCUACAUGCCAAAGAGGCGAAGGAUCAAAAUAAACCGAUCUCAUAAACAAACAGCGGCGAUGAUUUUGGGAAAUCUUGUGUAAUGUUUCAUAUUUUCUGUGUUUUUAUCCUCUGACCUGGAGACUUUGGUGAUAGUCGCUCUGUGCGGAUGGAAAACAGUCCAGCUGAAGUUCACCGGGUUAAAGGCUGGUGUCCUCAAACAGCAGACACACUUCAGGAUCGUGGCUCCAAACAAACAUAAAAACCAGUCCAGUUAGAUCCCAGACCGAGACCUGACCCCCUUUUCUGAAAUAAGACACUUGGGGAGAUUGUUGAGAAGCUGAAAAACUGAUCUGAGUCUUUGUGAAGCAGCUCCUGAACCCUCAGUUCCUACUCUCUCCGUUUUGAGGACAUUUGUCAUUUUUAUCAUCUUAAUUUUGAGCUGACAGUCACAUUUUUAAAGAUUGGGGCUUUAAAUUUAGUGAUAAUUCUUAUUUUUCCUCAUAUUAAAUAAAGAAAAAUAAGAUUUGAUUUGGUAGAGGACGAGGCUCGAGAAAAGAGGGUGAAAAUGGCGUGUUUAGAACGCACACUUUAUCAAUAAAUAUGACAUAGCGCACAAAAACCGGCAUAAAAAGGGUAGUAACAUCGAAUUUUUUAUUCAUUACUUUUUUGUUUAAGAGAUUUGAGUCAAAAAAAAGUUGAAAAAAAGUUGAUUACUUUAUGAACACUUUUCUGCAUGUCUGUUUUGGGGACAAAGUCGGCUGGAUGGAGCUUCAAAUACGAAAAAUUGGCACAACAAAAAAAAUUUAAAUGCAACAAAAUCGAUUUUACUAAUCAUCAUUGACAUAGCCCAGACUCUUUUUAUGUAAAAAAAAAUCAUCUAGGUCAUUUUAUAUGAGAAAUAUGGAGAUUUUGUGGUUUUUACCAUUAAAAAUAACAGCGACAUGGUGCACAAAAACUGGCAUAAAAAGGGUGAUACAUUGAAUUUUGUAUUUAUUAUUUUUUUAAUGGUCAGGGUUGAAGUUGUUUAGGAGAUAUAAGUUGAAAAAGGUAAAAAAAAAAUGUUACAAAAUUAUUAUUAUUAUAUGAACACUUAUCUGCAAGAAGGCUGGAUGGAGCUUCAAAUGAACAGGAACUGAGGGUUAAAUCAGCAGGUUGUCUUUAAAUUCUGAUAGUUGGGAAGAAUCUGUGAUUAUCCAUCAGAUACUGAUAUAAACGACGGAUCAGUUCAGGCUCUUUUUGUGUCUCUUGUAGGUUUUGGAUCCAGAGCUGGAAAUCGCUGAUCAUGCCUUUCCCCCUCCUUCCACACAACCUUCUGCACUAAAGAUCCAGGUGAGAUCUUCAGUCUGUUUAGGGACGGAUAUCUCGGGAUAAAUCUUAAACUCAGUUCUCCUUGAUUUACCUUCAGCUGCUCUGCUCGCUGUUUUUCAGGAUAAGGAGAUCCGCGGAGUUUUCCUCUGGCUGUUCGCUCGGCUGUUUCAGGGCUAUCGCUGGUGUUUACACAUCAUCCGCAUCCACCCAGAACCAGUGAUCCGCUUCCACAAGGUCUGUUCAUGUUAAAACACCUCAUAAUGACUCAGCUGUGUGUCCGCUGAAGUUUAUAAAGCCUGAAUUUACUCAAACGUGACGUCCACAGGCGGCUUUCUUGGGUCAGAGGACGCUGACGGAGGACGACUUCCUCAUGAAGGUGUUAGACGGGAUGGCGUUCGCUGGUUUCGUGUCGGAGAGAGGGCCUCCUUACAGAGCCACAGACCUGUUUGACGACGUGAGUCCAUUCACACUAAUAUUAUUAACUGUUAGCUCCGAUUCGAUUCAAGUAUCUGAUGUCUCUGUCCUUGUUCUACAGCUCGUAGCCAAUCAGGGGGAGCGGAUACGACAGGAGGAGGCGUGUCCACACAAAGUGAUGAACCACGUCAAGGAGCUCGCUGAGCAGCUCUUCAAAAACGUGCGUUUUAUUCCUACUUUUUAAUCACAGAACUCUAAUUUUGUACGGCUGUGUUUCGGAUUUUUCCUCGCCAUAAAUCCCUCGCCGUCUCUCCCUCCCCCCUGCAGGAGAACCCGUAUCCCGCUGUGGCGAUGCACAAAGUCCAGCGGCCGUCGGAGAACAGUCAGACCCCCGCACAGAAUCAAACUCAGUUCCCCGCGUUGGACGACGUCGCGGUGCAGCUCUUCAUCGAUCACGCUGCUGCCAAACUGAAGACGGCGCCUCCUGUGGUCAAAGCGGAGCUGAAAGGCAUGGUGCCGUCUGGACCUCCACUCGGUGAGCUGAACUUCUGAUGACUAAAUUAAAUAUUUAAAGGUUCGGAUCUGAUUUUUUUCGAGUAAAGAGACAGAAAAUAAUUAAACUAAAUCUUUAAAACGUCAGUGAUUCAGCAAAAGUUUGAGUCUCACGAACCCCGUCAUGAGAAAAGCUCAGACACAAACUUCUCCUGGAGUUCGCCGUCCUCCUCAAACUCCAACAGCUGGUCUCUCAGCGUGUGUUUAAUGGGGUCGAGUGUCCGCUGCAGUGAUGAAUCAUUUCCUCUCCCCUCUCCACAGGAGACAUGGUGGACAGAAACGGCAGCGUGAUGGCCAACAGUGCCCGCAGGCUGGAGGUGGUCAGGAACUGCAUCACGUACAUCUUUGAGAACAAGAUGCUGGAGGCCAAGAAGGUAGAAGAGCGAGGAGAGGAGAAGUUCCUGCAGACAGACUGGAUCAAAGCUGUAAAACUGUGUCACUAACGCAGCUGCUCUGCUUCUUUCAGUUAAUGCCGGCCGUGUUACGGGCGCUGAAGGGUCGAGCGGCCCGGAUCUGUUUGACCCAGGAGCUGAACCAGCACGUCCUGCAGAACCGAGCCGUGCUGGAUGAUCAGCAGUUUGAUUACAUCGUCAGGAUGAUGAACUGCACCCUGCAGGUAGAGGCUGCAGACAAACGUUUGAUUUUUAAUGUAAAAUCAGAAAAGAAACUUUGAUCUGAAUCCUGUAACAUUCUGUGUCUGAUCAGGAUUGCUCACAUAUGGAUGAACACGGGAUCGCAGCCGCCCUCCUUCCUCUGGUCACAGCCUUCUGCAGAGUGAGUCCGCCUUUAACUCCGUCAGUGCCAGGUUCAUUUGGGCAGUUUUUAACCAGUGCCACACUGACCGCAGUGGAAAUUUCAGGAUGCAGAGAAUAUCUCGUGCUUAGACUAGAAUUAAGUGCAAUAUCUCUAAAGAAAGAUGUGAGUCUCUUCUUUCAUCAGAAAAAGAAGUUAGUCUCUAAGCCGCUCCUGUGUUUAGUUAUUGUCUGCUCAGUGCAUCGUGGUCAUUUCAUCUUUGCCGAUCUGGAAAAACACAUUUUUACGAAGGAGAGACUUUCAAAAAGGACUCUGACCGUCUGUUUCAUUUCACUUCAAACAACUUCCACCGGUGGCAUUCUCAGACACCACUCCUCAUCUGAUGGGUCACUUUGUUACGGCUCUCGAGAACCUGAUGCUAACACGUAAACCACACGGACAGCUCAUGUCCUCUUCGCCGGGACUGUCGCUGAAUUCCGUCUCAGUCUCACUCACCAGUACCAGCACCGGCGGCACAACGACACGCUGGAAAAUUGUUCCUUUGAUUGUCGGCUGAUGAUGUGAACGUCCGGGGUGACACUUUACAAUAAGCAUAAUUUAAAAACGGUAAAUAGAUAGUUUAUUAAUGUUUAAUCAUCAUUUAAAAACAGCAUAUAGACCAAUUAUAAAAGGCAAAUAGAUAGUUUAUUAAUGUAAGUUAAUAGUUACUUCACCAUUAACAAGCAAUGAAAUUAUGAUUAAUAACUUUCAUUAUUUAUUAAUGGACUAUUUAUUAAAGGUUUAAACAGGGUUUAAAUUUUGGUUGUAAAAUAUCUUGAUUAAAAUAUGUCAGCAGUUCUUUGUAAAUGUUCAAUAUUGGAUUUUUAAACAUCUAUAAACAUUACUAAGAUGGUUAUUGUAAAGUUAGGGUUAGGUUUUUAAAACUGUAAAAUCUACAGUUUAUUAAUGGUCUAUAAGCUAUUAAUAAACGAUGAUUAAACAUAAAUAAACUAUCUGCUUACCAUAUAUAAACGUUCUAUUUACCGUGGUUAUUGGUUAUGGUUAUUGUAAAGUGUUACCAAGUCCGGUACCAGGAUCUCCACUGGAUCCAGAGACGGUAGCACCUCGACCACGGGAGCUGACGCACUGAGACUGUUGGCUCUUGUCUAAUGACUUCAGCAUUUUCCUGAACUCCUUUUAGAGAAAAAACUCUCAACAACUCAGCUAACUGGCACACUUGACGGCACACUUCUCACUGGCGAGUUCUUGUUUUUGUUAUUGUAACAUGGGUAUGACGUAUUUGUCGGCUUUUCUGCGUUCAGAACAACCCCAAACUUAGUCGCAUGUUGGGGAGGAAAAAUCUGUCAAAAUCUGUCAAUAGCACUGAAUGAGUUAAUAUCAGAUCAGUCAUUUCUAUAUUUAUCAUUUCCUGCGUAAACGAGAAUCCUCCAACAUCCUGAUCAAAGUCUCUCUCUCUCUGUGACAGAAACUGGGCGCAGGAAUCACUCAGUUCGCCUACAGCUGCGUUCAGGAGCACAUGGUGUGGACCACCAUGCAGUUCUGGGAGUCCAUGUUCUACAGUGACGUGCAGAACCACAUCAGAGCUCUGUACCUGGAGACGGAGGACGGAGCGCAGCACAACAACACGGUGAGCACCUUUAGAGAGACUCUCACUCUGUCUUCAGCUGUCGGCCUCAUAAAUCAUCCUCCCGGCGUUUUCCUGAGACGAUCAAUCAUCAAUAAACUCGCUCUGAUUCGUUCCAGGAGCAGCAGGACGGGUCAGCCGCAGGGAGGGAAAUCAGCGCCCUGGAUCUGGCGUCAGAGCAGAACCGUCUGUGGCCGACGCUCAGCAAGGAGAUGCAGGCGGAGCGCGUGCAGAAGGAGGAGAGCACCGUGUUCAGCCAGGCCAUUCACUACGCCAACAGGAUGAGCUACCUGCUGCUGCCGCUCGACACCAGCAAGAACCGGCUGCUCAGGAGCUCGGGGCUCGGAGACGUGGAGAGCGUCAGCAACAGCUACGUCACAAACAGGUACAGGGUCUAAAGUUAAACCUGCGCAGGGUCCGAGAGACCGUCGAUAUAAACGUUUGAAACACUUUUAUUUGUCUUUAACAGCAUCGCAGGCAGCAUGGCGGAGAGCUACGACACAGAGAGCGGUUUUGAAGAUGCGGAGAGCUCAGACGUGGCGAACUCUGUGGUCCGCUUCAUUAACCGCUUCGUAGACAAAGUGUGUAAUGAGAGCGGGGUCACCAACGAGCACCUGAAGGCGCUCCACACCAUGAUACCAGGUAAACACGCGCCGAGACAUCCCGCACACUCGCAGGACUCUGGGAGAGCCUCAGAUCAAAGCUGUAAGCUCCGCCCAUCUCCUCUUCUUCUUCUUCUGCAGAUAUCGUUCAGAUGCACAUCGAGACGUUAGACGCAGUCCACCGGGAGAGUAAGAGACUGCCUCCGAUCCAAAAGGUAAACAAAUCCUAUUUUUACAUCCCGCUGGACAAAGACCACGCUCAACCCCUGCAAGCCCCGCCCACUCCCCUCUCCGCCAAUCCCUACAGUUCAGGCUCACAGUGUCACAGCAGGUACGUCUGUCCCCCCCACUCAGAGACAGAAGUGUGUGACUCACUCACUGCACGCCUGAGCAGUGCAUGCUGGGUGACUGCUCUCCCUCCUGAGUGUCUUCAGUGUGGCGUUUGCGUGCAGUGUGCAGGAGGGGGGCGGCGACGCUGAGCAUGACGUGGCGUGUUUUGUCAUUUCCUCAAACCCCUGGUGUUGGAACGGUUCACCGCUCAGCUGACCGCUUACCACGGCGUUUUAGUCCUAAAGGUGCAGCUUCAGAUCCGUGAGGUCUCGGCGGUCUGAGUCGGUCUGUGACCACAGCUGGAACCAGAACACACGUGUGAUUCAAUGUUGUGCAACAAAUUAUGAAACAGGAGUUAAAAUUCGUCUCCUAUCAGAGGCGGAGUUUCUUAGGAAGCUCCACUGAGGAACAGGAAGUGAUGUAAGAGACCGAAAGGACAAAUUAGGGCUGGGCGAUAAACCAAAAGGCAAGGAGAGACAAGAGAGGAGAUGGAGGACGGAGAGAAAGUUGUAGACGAAGUUAAUGUGGGAGGGGGUGAGCAGCUUGUGAAGAAGUUAUCGUCCAUUUAUCAUUUUCGAGGUGAACUGAUCAAUAUAUCAUGAUAUUGAUUUGAGGCCGUAUCGCCCAGCCCUAGGAGAAAUUCUGUGUCAGAGGGUUGUUAGGAGGACCGGAUCCUCUGAAACGUGUUUUAAAUCUUUGACUUCUCAGAAUUUGGAGCGGGACGUCCUGAGACAGUAGAUCUGAUCCCUCAUCGUGACCUUCUGUCCUCAUGACCUAAAUCAGCAGCAGAGGAACCUCAGCAUGGAUGUGAAAGCAUGAGACUCUGACUCUGAGUGCUGUGGUCCGGUCCUGAGUUACUCGUGUUCUAAAAGCAUGUCAGAUUUGAUUAAACCAGGAAAAGUGACUUUGAUACAGAACUUUGAAAGAGUUUGGAGACUUCAGCUCCGAAACAUGAAGCUCAAAAUUCAUCGUAAUGAAACAAGUCGUUAACUCAGUGAUGACGACUUCCAGAGUUUCCGGUCUCUUAGUCUCCCAUCCUCUCCUAACUGAAUCCUGCGCCAUCGCUCCUCUCUCUCUGCUCCAUCUUUAACCUUCUCCUCCUUCCUCUCUUUCUGUCUCCGUUCAGCCCAAGCUGCUGAGGCCGACCCUCCUGCCCGGCGAGGAGCUGGUGAUGGACGCCAUGCGGGUCCACCUGAUCCCUGACGGUCGCGAGGAGGCCACGGGGCUGAUGGGAGGUCCGCCUCUUCUACCUGCUGAGGGCGCCAUCUUCCUCACCACCUACAGGCUCAUCUUCAGGGGGACGCCUACAGACCCACUGGGUGAGUUUUAUAAAACUAACCCCCUCUCUGCGUCCUCAUGGUGGGUGCGGAUCCUCUAAACCCUCGUGUGACCUCCUCUUGCAGUGGGUGAGCAGGUGGUGACCCGCUCCUUCCCCAUCGCCUCUCUGACCAAGGAGAAGAGGAUCUCGGUCAAUUUACCCAUGGACCAGUUCGUCCAGGAGGGGCUACAGCUGCGCUCCUGCACCUUCCAGGUAGAUCGGAUCAAGAAAGGAGCAGGAAAUGUCUCCGAAUCAGUCUUUUAAACUCACAUCACAGCUAAAUUCUUUAUUUGGGGUUUAUAAAUAUCUAAAACUCUUGUGCCGAUUUGUCUCACAGCUGAUAAAGAUCGCGUUCGACGAGGAGGUGGCGUCCGACCUGGCCGAGGUUUUCCGGAAGCACAUGCACAAACUGCGCUAUCCUCAGCACGUCCAGGGAACCUUCGCCUUCACUGUGGGUCAGAGCGGGAAGCUGGUGGUGGAGCACAAGACCAAGGACAAGAACCAGUCUCUCAAGUAAGGAGCCGCCUCUGCAGAAAGAGUGAAUUCGGCGUCAGGACAGAGAACCAUAAAAGCUUAAAUCUCGAGUUCUUCCUGAAAGUUUUAGUCGAUGUUUUAAAUGUUUCUCUGCAGGUAAAAACACGGUUUGUUAAAACGUUCAAGAGUUACGCAAGAGAAACUAAAGACCUGCAGUCGCACUAACCCUCGGAGGGACAGGCGGGCUGUUAAAUCACUCACAGUCACUUUGGCCUCGUCCGUUAAGGUGCAGUAACUCAGAGAGUGACACGAGCGCUGCCUCACAUCUGUAACUUUCUGUUCAGGUCCAUAAAUCCAGAUCUGCCCCAGACCUCGUUCCCGUUUUUGCCCCAAAGAAUUUUCUCUCCAUAUUUCACGGCGUCGGGUCAGAUGUCGUUUCAGUGUUGUGUAACCGGCCUGGGAGACACCCGGCGCUUGCAGACGUGUAGUUUAAAACUAGAGCGUCCCAAAAAAGUGAAAGUUCCACUCUGCACAUUCACUGAUCCUCCUGCAGACCCGCACAAACACAAGCCGCUGUAGUCUGUCAAACGAACCUUUGCUCUCGAGUGAUUUGGCUGCAGGAGCGUGGGAGAAACAAACAGGUUCAUCUACGUGUGGAGUUCAUUUCUCCUGAAGCUUUGCAUGUUAAAGGAUUCAUGUGCACGCAUGUAGAGAGUCCCCUCUGUCACGACACAAGAGUGAGAGUGAAGAAACGCUCUCAGGUCUGCAGAGAGGAGGAGGAAGGAGUCGCGUCUAAAUCCCGCUGGAUUCAUUUUGACACUUUCAGCUCUGAGUUCUGGACGUGUGUGUCAUCCAUGCUGCACAAAUUCAGUUUAAUUUCACUUCAUCUGCUUCUUUUCUUUGUUUUAAAACCAUCAUUUGAGCCAAAAAACAUAAAAAUAGAAACUUAAAGGGUCUUUAUGUCGCCUCAGAUGGGAAUACAUCCCCUCUUUAUCCACCCAACCCCAGACCACACACUUCUCUCUUUCUUCCCCGCAGAUUGAAGGAGCAUGAGAGAAGCUCCUGAAUUAUUCAUCAGCGGAAAAUGUGGUCGUCGUUUUAUCGGCUCUGUUGUUUCCAUGAGUGUGUGUGCGCGUGUAUUAAUACACACUCAGGCCAAAUCAGGAACACACCAGUGACUUAAUGUCUAAUUCAUCUCCUCGUCAGCUUGAGUAGAUGCACCUUUAAGUGAAUAAAUCUCCAUCUCUCUGUCUUCAUCUUUGUCUCUUUCUGCAGGACGCUUUCUAAAAACUUGGUGAAGAGCGCAAAGAGGACGAUCGGGCGCCAGUAUGUGACCAGGAAGAAGUAUUCUCCGCCCACCUGGGAGAACAGGAGCAGCUUCCAGUCAGAGCUGGACGAGGAUGAGAUCUCAGGUGAUCACAGUUUUAUCAAAUUAAACCGUGAGAGUAGGAGUAGGGCUGGGCGAUACGGCCUCAAAUCAAUAUCACGGUACUGUAUUUUUCACACUAUAAAGCGCACCGGAUUAUAAAGCGCAUUAAGCCAAACAAAAGAUAAGUCAAACUUUAUUUAACUCAUUCAAUAACUCCACGAGGCUACGGUAGCUGCAGUGCUCCGACAAGCCGAAAGGAUUUUAAGUGUGCCCUAUAGUGCGAAAAAUACGGUAUAUUGAUCAGUUCACCAAGAUGUCGAUAAAUGGACGAUAACUUCUCCAUAAGCUGCUCACCUCCUCCCACAUUAACUUUGUCUACUUCAGCUGCUACAACUUUCUCUCCGUCCUCCAUCUCCUCACCUGUCGUUCCUUGCCUUUCGGUUUAUCGCCCAGCCCUAAUUUGUCCUUGCGGUCUCUUACAUCACUUCCUGUUCCUCUGCCUCUGAUAGGAGAUAAAUUACAACUAAGGCUUUAAUUAUUUAAUUUGUUGACACCUAAUAUGUAGGGGCGGGAGAAAAAAUCGAUUCACAUAAGUAUUGCGAUUUUUUGUUUUACAAUUUUUAAAUCGGUUUUUAUGUUCAAAGAUCUUUUUUUUUUUUUUAAUUUAAGAAUAAAUCUUAAAAACAGACUUACAUGUGAUGUGUAUGGUUCCUGAAAUAGUCAGUAGACAAUCAUAAUCAUUCAACUGUUCCAUGUUAAAAAUGCAGACGAAAAAUCUAAAAAUCAACAAUAUCGUAGAAUCGCAAUUUUGAUCGAAUCGGCAUCCAAAAAAAAUCAAAUCAGGAGAAAACCAUGUCAUCCCAGCCCUACUAAUAUACUGAUACGGGCAAAAUGACGUUGGUUAUUGUCGUAAAAUUCAGUUUGGUAAAUUUUCGGUUUAUUGCCCAGCCCUAAUUUGUCCUUGCGGUCUCUUACAUCACUUCCUGUUCCUCAAUGGAACGUCCUAAGAAACUCCGCCUCUAAUAGGAGAUAAAUUACAACUAAGGCUUUUAUUAUUUAAUUUGUUGACACCUAAUAUGUAGGGGCGGGAGAAAAAAUCGAUUCACAUAAGUAUUGCGAUUUUUUUGUUUUACAAUUUUUAAAUCGAUUUUUAUGUCCAAAGAUCUUUUUUUUUUUUUUAAUUUAAGAAUAAAUCUUAAAAACAGACUUACAUGUGAUGUGAAUGGUUCCUGAAAUAGUCAGUAGACAAUCAUAAUCAUUCAACUGUUUCACUGGUGUUAAAAAUGCAGACUUAAAAUCUAAAAAUCAACAAUAUCGUAGAAUCGCAAUUUAAAUCAAAUCGGCAUCCAAAAAAAAUCGUAGAAGAAUCGAAUCAGGAGAAAACCAUAUCAUCCAAGCCCUACUAAUACACCGAUACCGGCAAAAUGACGUUGGUUAUUGUCGUAAAUUUCGGUUUCUGUAAAUUUUCGGUUUAUCGCCCAGCCCUACAUGAGUGGAUGAUUGGAUAAAAAUAUCAAAAGUUCGAGUCGACCCUGAAACGAAUCUCUCCUGUGUUCCUUUAACAGUUUCAGAGGAGGUGGACCAGAGCUCCCUCACCCUCUCCUCCACCAUCCGCUCAUCCGACAGGCAGACCAUGAGCAACGUCGUGGAGCGGGCUUGUUGUCGUGACUACCAGAGGCUCGGCCUGGGCACGCUCAGUAACAGCCUGACGCGCUCUAAGAACGAGCCCUUCAGGAUCUCAACCGUCAACCGCAUGUACACCGUCUGCAGGAGGUCAGAGGUCACACACACACACACACACACAGGAAAGUGAGAGGUGUUGAGUGUGUUUACUAAAACUCUUCUUCGUGUGUCACAGUUACCCCGGCCUGCUGAUCGUGCCUCAGAGCAUCCCGGACUCGACCAUCCAGAGGAUCUGUCGCUGCUAUCGGCAGAAUCGCUUCCCCGUCGUCUGCUGGAGAAAUUCGAGAACAAAAGCCGUCCUGCUGAGGUCUGCAGGACUCCACGCCAAGGGGGUGGUGGGCUUCUUCAAGUCUCCGAAUGCCCCCUCUGCAGGUAAAACACGAUUCUUCUUCAUGUUUCGAGACGAUCACUCAGAGUGAGUUUGUUUCCUUCAUGCAUGUCCUCGUCUCUCUGCAGUGCCCUCUCAGGCGGACUCCACCAGCCUGGAGCAGGAGAAGUACCUGCAGGCCAUCAUCAGCUCCAUGCCGUCGUACAGCGAGAGCAGCGGCAGGAACACACUCAGCGGCUUCACCUCCACACACAUGAGCACCUCAGGUGAGGAUGACAAACCCGUAUAUGUGUGUGACGUGUUUCCGUCUCAGAGAUCGCAGAGCUAAAUCGUCUCUCUGUCCGUCUCAGACUCGUCCGAUAAGCUGAGGCAGCCGAAGAUCGGCGCUCUGAUGAAGCAGGUGAUGGGGGCGAAAGAGGACGUACCUGGAACCUUUAGCCGAGGAGGUGAGACGCGUCCGUGUGUCCUGAUGCUGCUCCUGUAGGUUCUGUUAGUCCCAGUCGGUCCAUUUCAGCCCUGGUUUCAAAACAAAAGCGAGAGACUUGUUCAUUAAAGGACGAUUCCCCUUUUUUUACAAACCUGGGGCCUACUUUUAGAGGACAGAGAGGACCUAAAAGAAGACUAAACACACGGAAUAAUUAAAGCAGGUGGACCAGUAAUCAUCAGAGUCCAUGGCUUCUGUGAAGGCUCCAUGAAUGCUGAGCAAUAUCUACAGAUUUAGGAGCAGAAGGACUCUGUAGUCGGAGUCUUAUGAAUCGAAGUCUGACACUCUUUUGGAGUUCUUAUUCUUUCAACGAAGAAUUAGAAAACAUAGAUGCUGCAUCCUUACUCGUAACCAAUAUCUCGAGGUUUAGGAGCAACAUCUACGUCCAUCCAGACAAAGACUUUCUCAAUUGCUGAACCCGCCUCCCUGUAGUCCAGAUUCUUCGUUUUGACACAUCAUGACUCCAAACGAUUAAACUUUUUUAUUUUUAAUUAUUAAAUGUAUUAUUAUUUAAAUAAAUUUAAAUAAAAUUUAAAUUUAAAUAAAUAAAUUAUUUAAUUAUUUUUAAUUUUUAUUUUCAUCAAUUUUCCACUCAGCGUCCUCUCCCUCUCUCACAGACUCAGGGUUGUACUAAAACUAGGUCCCGGGUUUUAAAACACCAGACUCCUCCUUUAAAAGUGUUUCUUAAUCUGGGACUGGACCAGGACUUUGUUUGAAACCAUCCUCCACUGUGUGGCGUUCUUGUUUAACUCGCCGUCUCUGUCAUUUGACCUCAGCUCUGGGUCAAAGGGCGAAAGUCAUCUCCCUCUCUCAGCCCAAAGUGUCUGGCAAGGCCAGGAACCCUCCUAGAGGUACAGUAGGCCACGCCCCCUCCUCGCCCUUCACACUCCUGUCUAACCAAUCAGAUCUCUUUCCCUGUAGCGUCAGUGUGUUGUUGCCGUGGUUCCUGAUUAGUGUGCUGUCUCUGCGGACUAACGGUCUGGUGCUGCUUGUUGAUGGGAGAGCUGCUGUGUGUGUGUGUGUGUGUGCAUGCUGCAGCUGUCGUCCUGACGUCCUGUUUGAUGGUUUCUGUUUGAUUCUUCUUCUUCUCCUGUCACUCAGAGUUUGGUCGUCACGUAGCGUUCGUCCUUCUAGCUGUAGCGAACUGGAGUCUGCCUUGUUUACUAGCAUGGCCGUCCGUUUCUGCUGAUGUGUUUUUAACGGACGGCGGAGUGACUCCUCAGAGGUUUUGACGUCUUGGUGAGUUUGGAUGAUCCGUGUUGAAGACUCGUCUCCGUCUGUGUGUGUUUGUCUCAGGUAAAUGGGGCAGCAUUCGAGGCAGCGGGCGUCUAAGUGCCUACAACCCGGACGUGGGGACGCGUCUGGCGGGGAAGGAGUCCCCCCAGCCCAACGGAGGACCCAGUGAGGCGCUGUUCCUCCGCCAGCAGAAGGCCUACCUGUACAUCAUCGGGGACAAAGCCCAGCUCAAGGUGAGCAGAUCUGAAUAUUCCAACGAAUCGUUUUUGAAACCAAACGUCAGAGUCGGUUUGAAGUGACGGAGCGGACAUGUUGUCUUCAGGGCGGGAAGCAGGACUCGUUCCAGCAGUGGGAGGUGGUUCCCAUCGAGGUGUGUGACGUGCGGCAGGUGAAGAACAGCUUCAAGAAGCUGAUGAAGGCCUGCGUGCCGAGCUCCUCGACCUCUGACCCCAACAUGAGCUUCCUGCGCUGCCUGGAGGACUCUGAGUGGAUGGCUCUGGUUGGCGCUCCUCUUCUUCUUCUUCUUCUUCUCUUCGAUCAGUCUGGACUGUUCAGUGUUUUUACUGAUCCUGUGUGUGUUUGUGUGUGUGUGUUUGUGUGUGUGUGUAGCUGCAUCGAGUGCUGCAGGUGUCCGUCCUGGUGGUGGAGCUCCUGGACACGGGUUCGUCCGUCAUGGUCAGCUUGGAGGACGGCUGGGACGUCACCACACAGGUAAGCCCUAAACCUUCAAACCUCAUUUCUGUCGCCGUCCUCUGAGCGAGCGCUGACUUUAACACGCCCCCGCCCCCUUCAGGUGGUGUCUCUGGUGCAGCUGCUCUCCGACCCGUACUACAGGACCUUUGACGGUUUCCGGCUGCUGGUGGAGAAGGAGUGGCUGUCGUUCGGACACAGGUUCAGCCACCGUGGAGCUCAGACGCUGGGGAGUCAGAGCAGUGGGUUCACCCCGGUCUUCCUGCAGUUCCUGGACUGUGUGCAUCAGGUGGGUCUGCGGGGUCAAAGAAAUCCACUUCAAUCUAGAAAAUUCUGUCAAAGAGUUUUUUUUUAUUUAAGGAGACGCUGAAGUGAGGAGGCUGCUGAGAAAUGUUUACUGUCAUGAAAACUUCCUCAGCAGCAGGACGGACUUUAUUCUUCAGGUCUUACCCGGGAUUUCCUUUCACUUUCACUUGUUCGUCUCCGCCCGUUUGCAUGGUGUGAAAUACGAUCCUCCUGAAACACGGAGUGUUUUAUUUUGAAAAGAAGCCGGAUGUUUUAUUUUGUGUCUGUGCCCGACUUCCUUUCCAGCACGGGGUAAUCUGUGCUGAAUUUAUCCGCCAUGCUCCGGCGUCCAGAAAUUAUAGAACUCUUGUGAUCAGCUGAGGAGUCCGGCGAUCCGCAGAGGAACGGAAAGAAGUCGGUGUAAAUUGACACGUUAACUUGAAUGGUUACGAUCAGCUACGAUCGGAGGAUACGGCCUUUUCGCAGCUGUUCCAGAUGUGAUGGAAAUAGGGGGUUAGAGUCUGAAUCAGCAGGUUUAUCACAAGAUGACACAUUUACCAUCCUGACCUGAGCUCCAGUAGAUUACACUCAGAGCGUUUACAUGCACAGUUUAAUCGGACUAAACUCAUAAUUUGUUUUUUUUUCUCAGAAUCAGACUUCUCUUCUCGUCCUCGUUUACAUGCAGCUGAGAAAAUUAAAUUAUGGAUGUGAACAUGUCCUCCUCCCCAAAACUAGGGGGCGAUGUGGGUCUUUUCAGCAGGGCUGUUUCCAGAAUUUUUUUAAAAGACGUCUCUGUUCCUCGUUUUGCGACCGUCCAUGUAGUUUAAAACGUCCAUUUCUGUCAGGAUGGAAAGCGUAACGGCGCUCUCUUCGUCGUUCCAAAAGUGGACGUUCGUUCGUGCUUCAUCCAUGUUGCAGUUGCUUCUGAGCUGAAAGUUCUUUAGAUGAUGGUUCCACUCCUCACAGGGUUACGGAGGCGUGGUGCACGUGCACAUGCAUUGUCCGAUCAUACUCCGACUACGUUACAUGGUAGAGAAAAUGGAAUUCUGAUCACAUUAUCUGAGUGUCUUAAUUGGAGUUCUCAAACUCUGAUUAAAGUGUUUACAGGCACUUCAGUUGUCCGGUCUUAACUGGACGAAGGCAAUAAUUCGGUUUUCUCAAGUGUCGUGUAAACGUACCGAGUGUUGUCCAAACUCUCCUCCUCUGUAUCUUUAAGUUGCCGUCUGAUUGUGUUUCCUGUUGGGACCCGUCUCUUUAUCAAACACAGGAAGUUGGUUUUAUUCGACUUCAGGUGUCGCUUUAGACCGAGGACAGGACAAACUAAACAUGAAGACUUUAAGAAUUUAAACUUGAUUUCUGCUCAGAGUUUAAACUGUGCGAUCAUCCAGCUCCUCUUUGAGAGUUUGAUCCUGACCUUUGACCCCCUCUCUCUCUCUCUCUCUCCCUCCCUCUCUCAGAUCCACCUGCAGUUCCCCAUGGAGUUUGAGUUCAGUCAGUACUACCUGAAGUUCCUGGCCUACCACUACGUGUCCAACCGCUUCCGCACCUUCCUGCUGGACUCUGACUACGAGCGCAUCGAGCUGGGUAACUUUGGUUUUGUAACAGCAGACGGAGCUCGUAGUUAACGUCUGUGUCCCUGAUAGUAACUCUGUGUUUGUGUUCAGGUGUGCUGUACGAGGAGAAAGGUGAGAGGAAAAGCCCGCAGGUGUGCAAGUCUGUGUGGGACUACAUCGACAGGCUGCACAAGAAAACGCCGAUCUUCUACAACUACAUGUUUUCUCCUGAGGAUGACGAGGUGAGGCGGACGCUCUCCGCUCCACGUUUGAUUCCCUGAAAUUUAAAAACAAAAGAAAACGUUUUAACGGGUUCUUCUCCGCUCCAGGUUCUGCGGCCGUACACCUUCAUCUCCAACCUGAAGGUCUGGGACUUCUACAUGGAGGAGACCCUGUCAGAGGGCCCCUCCUACGACUGGGAGCUGAGGGGCCGGCAGGAGCGCGUCGCAGAGGAGACGCCCGAGAAACCCGACAGCAGCGGGCCCAAAUCGCAGCGGCACGUCGUCUGGCCGUGUUACGACAGCCUCAGCAAGGUGGUGCCCGACGCCAUCACCAAGCUGCUGCAGGACCUGCAGAGUCUGGAGGCGGAGCUGGGACAGACGUCGGAGAAGUGGAAGGACACGUGGGACAAGAUCAAGACAACGCAGAGGACCGAGACCAAACUGGAGAGCAAGGUGAGGGACACGGUCUCCUUUUGAAGAUCAGUUUUUAUCCUGACAAGGUCUUAACCCUCGGUUCCUCCUCUGUCUGUUAUGAGGACGUUUGUCUUCAUAUUAACAAAAAAAAAAACUCUGUCACCUGUAGUUCUCUGUCGCCGCAUUUUAGCUCCACCCACCCUCCUUAGUCCACAAAUCGGCCAAUAGACUUCCAUUAAAAUCACGUUUUUUGAGCGUGUUUACGGCUCCAUAACAACAUAUUACAACCUUCUUCUUGCAGUCAGUCGAUCAGCAGGGCUCUAAAUUUGACUUUCCCACAGUGAGACAACAGACUGAGCCGCACAUCAUUUUAAUUCUUCAAGUCUUCAUUCAUGGACUGAGAGAGUUUGAAGAUUCAUCCACUAAACAUCCUCAGAAAUGAAGGAAACUUUACAUGACACUAGAUAUGGAUGUCUAAGAGUGGGAUAUGUGUGGAAGGAGAAGUCUGUGUGCUCCUGCGUGUGUGCACGGGUGAGAAUCUGCAUCCAUGUUUAUAAUCGAGCAUGACGUGAGUUUUUGCAGUCGAGAAUCUGACGUCCAAGUUCUGCAGUGUGGGACAAAGAGAGGGGGACAUUUGGACAAUUUCAACUUUGACCUCACUUUGAAUAGACAUGCAUGAGGAUGAACAGGUCCUUCAGAUCAUUAGAUGAGAAGAUAUCACGUCUCAAAUAUGCAGUUAUUUUUAUAUCAGAGUAAUCACAGUCAUAUUUUGGUUAGAGGAGGAUAAACACUUAUAAAUGAUUCCUAUCUUACAUAUAUCUUCUGAUUUUAUAUGACUAUAUAUAAAAUUAAUUUAAUAUGAACAAAUGAAUUUGAUCACAUUUGAUUUGGUAGAAGACGAGGCUCGAGAAAAGGAGGUGGAAAUGGCGAGUUUUUCCGCUCCAAUAGACUCGGCUGAUUAGAACAAACACUUAAUCAAUAAAUAUGACAUGGUGAACAAAAACUGACAUAAAAAGAGUAAUACUUCGAAAUUUUGUAUUUAUUAUUUUUUAAUGAUCAGGGCUGAAGUUGUUUAAGAGAUAUGAGUCAAAAAAAGUUUUUAAAAAUGUUUAAAAAUGAUUAUUUUAUGAACACUUUUCUGCAUGUUUGUUUUGGGGACAAAGUCGGCUGGAUGGAGCUUCAAAUUAACGAGAACUGAGGGUUUUUAGAAACUCAGAUUUACUCAGAAAACUUAUUUUUACUCGUUUAUUCUUCCAAAUAUUUCAAACACCAAGACAGAAAACAGAUGCAAAGACGAGGACAGAUGUUUGACGUCUCUACUGACAUCUUGUGGUGGAAAAGUGUAACGGUCCGCUCAGUGGAGGUUCAUGUGUGGCAUAAAUAAGACAGAUCACGUUGAAACAGAAACAUUUAAUGGAACGAGGUCAAGGUCAUGUGGUGUCUCAGCUUCCUCGUCUCCUUCACCGUCUCCUCUUCCCUCCUCAGCCGUCGUUCUCCAGCUCUUUGCUGAUGUCAUCCAACCUGAGCCACCAGCGGCGCUCUCAGGGCGUCUACCUGCAGGAGAGCGGAGUGGGCUCCUCCAUCAACCUGGCUCUGGACUGUGAGGCCAGCGCCACCUCCACCCCCGUGGCGGGCCGGCCCAGCACCAGCACGCUGUACAGCCAGUUCCAGAGCUCUGAGAGCGAGAACAGGUCUGUAUCGUGACUUUAGAGCCGUCAGAGUUCAACGUCAGAGAGAGAGAAAUGACUCAAAUCAAACGUGUGUCUCUUCAGGAGCUUCGAAGGAAUCCUCUUCAAGAAGGGGGCGCUGUUGAAACCCUGGAAACCACGAUGGUUCGUCCUGGACAAGACCAAACAUCAGGUGAGGGGGUCGCAGAGUCACGACGAGUGUUUUUAUACAAACGAGUUUUUCAUUAACGACCUUUCUGUGAACUCUGCAGCUGAGAUACUACGAGACCCGGCAGGACAAGGAGUGUAAAGGAGUGAUCGAGCUGGCCGACGUCGAGUCUGUCAUUCCAGGAACGCCCGCCAUGGGGGCGCCGAAAAACAUCGAGGAGAAAGCCUUCUUUGACGUGAGUUCAGGGUUGAUUCAGCGCUAAGAAUGAAAAAUAGAUGACGAUGAUAAUAAAGCUUUGUACCUCUUUGUAUAAUUGGAUUAUUGUUCCAUAUCUGACCUGCUGUGUUGAAGUUCAUUUAAAACUUUCAUUUUACAAAAAUGAGCAACAAGAAUUAUUAGAGGAAGUCAAUACAGAGAUUAUUUGUAGAAAUUCAGUGAAUUAGUAGAUUUCAGUUUGUUGCAGAUGAUGUAUAAAGCUCAUAGGAAACUUUUACCAGUCAACACCCAGAGCUGAUGUGAAAAAAGAGAAAGUUGUUAUAAUUUAAAAGGAUUUGAAAUAUUUAAAAAGCAAAGAUUCAGACCUAAACUAAAAGAGCGCCGUGUUACAGUGUGAGGAAUAAGUUUGUGGAAUAAUCUGAACAAAGAAACUAAAGAAGAGAAAUCAAAUUUUAUCUUUUAAAAAAGUGUCAAAAAAAUUUUCAUAAUCGAAGUCUUGGUCUGUUUGUUUUAAAAAAAAUGUGAUUCUGUUUGUUUUUGAAAAUAAGAAAUAUUGAACUGUAAAAGGCGUGUUGGUCUGCAGCUCUUGUUUAUUUUCUUUAUGUGUUUAGUUCAUAAAUAUCUUAUCAAAGAGGGGCAGACUCUUCUUUCUGCUCCUUUUCAUUCACAUGUUUGAGAUUUUUCCUUCUUUUUAUUGAAUGUUUUAAAUAUUAAAGUAUGAAAAUGAAAAACGAACGUAUGAAACUAAAAUAAACUUCUUUGUUCUCUUUCAGCUGAAGACGACAAAACGAGUGUACAACUUCUGCGCCCAGGACAGCCACAACGCUCAGCUGUGGAUGGACAGCGUUCAGAACUGCCUGUCAGACGCCUAAAGAGAGGGGGCGGGACUCUUUAAAGAGCCAAUGACGGACAGCAGAGAGAAAGAGAGAGAGAGAGGACGAGGCCUUUCACACCCUCCGCUCUGCUCGCCUCUGUUUGCUAGUAUUGAACUAAUAACCUUUUGCGUCACGAUGUUUCAGUGUUUUUGUUACAAAAAGGAGAAAAAAAGACAAAAAAAAGAAAAAACUUUCCCCUAAAGAAGAAGAAGAACCACUCGCUGUCGUCUCACACGUAGCUGCAGCCUCUCGUUUGUGCGACAGAAACACGCCGAUGCAUUUCUGCAGCUCGGAGCAGCAUGAAGAUCUUUCCAGAACCUCCACCCGUAACCUCUCCUUCUACUAACCCCGCCCACCCUCGAAGACACUCCAGGAGGAAUGACGGAGGAGCUGCAGUCGGCAAACAGACGAGUUAGACUUUUUUCAGAGAUGGAUCUAAAAGAUCGACUGGUGGAUUGACGGACCAAAAACGACCCUCGCUGCCUGAUGUCGCCCUCGCGCAGGAAGAGGAGGAAGUGUGGGGGGGGGCUCCUUAACGGUUCAUGAAGGAUUUCCUUUUUUUUUUUUUUUCUUUUCCAAAAAUCUCAAACCGAUAUCAGAAAGAGAUCAACGCUCGUCACGGCCUUCAGCGGGCCGCGAUGGUGGAUACUGUGAAAGCCAUGAAUCAGUCGAUCAAAGCAGGAGAGCCGGUGGGAGGGGGACGGUCUGUCUGUCAGGUAUUCUGAGUGAGUCGGUGGGCUUUGACUGAGAGUGUUUACAAAGCAGACAGAAACUUCCCUCACUAAGCUAAAAAAAACUCUGCUCCUCUUCAACCACUAGGAACAUUCAGAGUAUUUUAAGGGACGCUGAAGGAAAAAGGAGGGAUUUAUUCUGUAGCCGUUUCUUCAAAAACAAAUUUAAAAGAAGGAGAUCUGGAAGGCGGACGAUGAAGAGGAGAGAAACUUAUGAACAGAGUGAUAUUACGAGACGCUUUAGAGUGAGUACAGAUUUUUAAGAGGUGGACGUCGACUCGCUGUGGGGCGCCGAGAGUUUGGAGAGGAAAGAUCUGGUUGUUUUGUGACUGCGGGCUCUGCGACAUUUGCACUCAGGAGCUCUUCUCUUAAAUCGGAGUUUUAAUAAACGGAAAUAAACCCUCGACAGAGAGUUAGCUGGAAAAGAAAGGUUUGCUUUUUUCUCCUUCACUCCCUCACCUUUAUUUUUAAAACGGGCUCACAGAUAUGAAAGAGCGCACACCUGAGGACAGAGUCAGAGUUUUCGCCCUGAAAAACCUCCUUUUUUAACCUCGGUCUGCUCCUCCUGAAUCACAAUCUGGUCAAUUCUUGUAGUUUGAGAGGCUGAUUUGUGCUGAUCAAUAUUUAAGCUGAGGCAGAAUUAUCUCUGAGUUACUCACCAGAUUCACGCAGGGGUCGGUUCACCCUGACACGAGGCUUUUAGGUCAUUUUAACACGGAGAACCUGACAAAACAUGAUCAGUUUAUCACUUUUCAAUUGAUCUGCAACUAAAAAAAUAGUAGAAAGAAAAACUCAGUCAAGUUAGGCUAAAAAAAAGUUCAAAACUGAUUACUUAAUAUUGGAUUUUCACUCACUAUCACUAAGAAAAACAUGACAUUAAAGCUACUGUGAGGAUUUUUCCACGUCCACAUGACUGCACUAGUUUCACAUUUCUCCAGUCCAGUGUUUUUAUGUCCACCUCUCCGCACAGACUCCAUUUUUUUAGACUAAAAGACUGAAAACCCACGCCGCUCUAAAACAUAAACACCUGAGCUUGUUUACAUCCCGGUGGUCGAGCUUUAGAGCAAAUAAAAUCAGCUUAACUUGCCGAUUCUGGUGCUGACUAAAGAGGGUUAUGAUGUUUGACUGUUUAGUUGACUGAAUAUGCACAUCCCAUGAUAGAAUUAAUAGUUUUGUCCUCAAGGGGGCGCCAGAUGAGACGCAGUUUCUACCUCACAGGAGCUUUAAAUUCGUAAAAGUAAAUAAUCUUAAUAGCAGCAAAGUUUACGAUCAAAUAAAAGUCCAAAAUACUGAAGUAGGAGCAGCAAACAAUAUUUCAUCGUGAGAGAACCGGCCUCUGAGUGAAUCUGGUUUAUAACUUUUUGUUUCGUACAUUAAAAAGUCCCACUGGACCAUUUUUGUCAGUGAAGUCGGCCCCCCGAGUGCAAACGUAGCAGGACCCUCCAGUCGGCAGAGCGACCAGACUUUUCCUCCGCUCCGUCAGAGGUCUCAUCACCUCCUCUUGAACUCCGGGUGUCAGUCUGACGCAGCUCAGACUCGGCGUACCUGUCGGCGACGCGUCACGAGUCCACCCGUGUCGACACCAAGUUACAGAGAGUUACGGAGAAAACAGCACGUUUACCAGGAAGGUUUCAAAAAUCACGUCACUUUUUUUUAAAACUCUUUUGACGGUUGUUUGUCAAACUGCCCCCCCCCCUCCCCGCACAAACACAUCUAUUCACCCCCCCCCUCCACAUACACAAAAACGAACCACUCAGACCUACACGUGUUAACACAAACCCUGCUAUGUAAAAUAAAGUUCUACUGCUGUCUUUGUUGAACAUAAAAUUUGAAAUUGUAGAUUUUUUUUGUGUCUAAUAACUCCUUUGUAUAUACUACUCCAGAUUUGUAUGUAACGUUUAUGGUAGUAAUUUAUUUAACUUGUCUCCUCAGUAAGAAAGUUCCUCAAGCACCACUUUAUUUUGAAUUAGGAAUUCAAUGUGCCAUUUGUUUAUUAUUUCUGUAUUAAUGUGACUAAUGCUUUUUUUUUUUAAAACCCUCAAUGUCUUUUUUUUUUUUUUUUUGUAAACGUCGUCUUUUGCUCAUCACCAACCGACCGUUCGUGCAGGAGUGGAGACGCUGUGUUAGUGGGAGCUGACGCCUGCGGGCUGAUUUUUAAAGGCUGGUUGGAUUUUACUGUGUUACUCACCCACAGCGGUGGGAUGUUCUGGAUGAAGAUUACAGUCACAAUAAAAGUCGGACACCUCAAGUUUUCCUGCUGCGAGUAUGAAGGCUUAUUCUAACAGGACGGGUUCUGGGGGCUCGUGUUGUAGCUUUAAAACUUCCCACGCACCAAAUCAGAAACUGCCCAGGUUUUGCAGAAGUAUAGUUUCAAGUAUUAGAUCGAUAAUAUGUGCAUUUCAGUCGUUCACCUGUCACUGCGCCAGAGGAUUCAUUCAGAGGCGCAGAGUUUCUGACGUGUCAGAAAUUCAUCCAACCCACUGAGAGAAACAGACUCCUCGUACACUGAGACAGAAAGUGAAGCAGUUUGGACUGAAAUUCAGCCAAUCAGGUCAGAGUCAGCCUCCAUUCGCCCGGCCUGACAGGUACAGGAGCCGAAGAGUCUGUUUUUACCCCCGACAGGUUAUCUAAUUUACUGAUGAUAUUUAACAAUCACAGAGAGAAUUUCCUAAAACCAGAAACAGAAUUCAAAACUAGCAGAAGACAGGAUUUACCGGUCUAUCACUGACCUUUUUUUACUUGUGUUUUAAAGGGUUAAUUUAAUCUAAUACAAUAAUUGUUCAACUAUUUUCAACUUGGAGUUUCAAACUAAAACUCUUAGCAGAAACUUCUUCCUGCAAAGUCACUUUCUUGAUCAUCAAACUUGGCGAAACUACUUCUCUUCCUGUGUUUCACAAAGUUAUCCUUCAUUUGUUGAUCUGUUUUAAACAUUUAGACCAUUAAAUUGAAAUCUAAAAGCAAGUAGAAUAAAUAAUAAUAACAGUAUAAUUUCUGUAAAGACUCAAAAUUAUGUCAGGUGUUUCUUUGAAGUUAUAAAUUAGACAAAAAAGAAAGAAAUAAGAUUUAUAAAUUAACUUCUCCAUGUUCACAGAGUGCUGACUUUCCUUUUUUUCCAUAGAAACGAAAAAAACAUCUGUGUCUCUGUGCAGAUCUUUCCUAAAUAAUAAACAAUCACAACCUGUUGGAGGUAAAACAGUCACUUUAACUCUUGAUUUACUCUGCAGGCAGUAAGAUGCAGUAACAGAACACACCUGAAGUCAUGUAGACCCCCCUAAAAACCUGCAGAAAAGGAUCCAGUUCAGAGUUUGGAUCUUCCUGUUUUCACUGCCAUCAUAAACAGACCGACACUCAGACCCCUGCGAUCAGCCUCGCCACGUGUCUUUGAAUUUGUGACUGUAGUCCACAUCCGGUCGGACCCAGCUCGUCUUCUCACUCGUUUACUCAUCUCGCCGUGGUAACGCUCUAAAACAGAUUCAUUAACCACAACAAUAAGACAUAAUCCUGUUUAUUUAUUUUUGGUCUUUUUUUUUUUAUUAGAAAUGAUUUUUCUGAGCCGGGUUAUGUUGUCAAUCAUGUCGAUAUAGUUUUUAGAUCCAAAUAAAAACUGUGGGUUUAAAUGUGGAAA